AUGACAUGUGUGGGGCUUUUUUUCAAACACCCAGACUCAGUUUCUAUCUGCUGUUGGGACUUUAUAAAAAGAAUAAAUAAAAAAAUCUCAAACAACAUGAAGUAUGAAGCACAUCCUCUGUCAUCCCACAGAGUGAGGCUGUUCAAAAUAUGGGGUGGAUCGGUCACUGCUCCAAUCAAAUUAAAUUAAACGCUCCUUCAGAAAAUGAGGGAACUUGAUAGAGUGAAAGUGUAAGGUUUUCUGCUGCCACUAGGGGGCACUGUGAUCAGGAUCAAAUAUUUCUGUAUGAAGGUCUUCAGGCCCAGGUGAGUUUGGGCCCAAAAAAUACUAGUUUUGUUUCAUGGCUUUGAGAGUGUGCUACUGCCACACCAAGAUGGGAGCCCUCACUUCUAUUGAAUUUCCCUUCGGAGAUCUAUAAAGUUCUUCUUAUCUCAGAUAUCUCAAAAAGGAACAUUUGAUGGUCAGAUCAAAAAAAUCACAGCUUGGAUUUAAAGUUUGGGUGCAAGGGGAUUAUUUAAAGGUCUUGAUGUGACAAAUUUGCAUAAACUCAAACAUGGAGCUUAAAUAACAUUUAUCAGUGUUACUCAAAUACAGAGGAAAUGUCCUUACACAAGGCCUCAGACACUCAAAGGUGACACAGUUAAAAACACGAGUUCAAACCCUUUCUGUGUUAUCUAACACACUUUUAAAGAGUGUUUGAGCUCUUUCUCUGAGUUAUGCUGUUUAUGAUACCAAGACAACUUAUAAUUACCUCCGCCAAGGAGGUCAUGUUUUUGGUAGCGUUGGUUUGUUUGUUUGUCUGUUCGUCUGUUAGCAACUUGACAGAGAAAGUAACAGACGGAUUGACCUGAAAUUUUCACCAGAGGUGCGUCUCAGCCUCAGAAAGAUCCCAUUACAUUUUGGUGGUGAUCCGGAUCGCCUUCUGGAUCCAGGAAAUUUUUUGAAGGAUUCUUUAUCAUUGUGAGAUAGGGCAAAUUUUGGAAUUUUUGCAUUUAACUCCAUAAAAAUGUCCAGAGUCUUUAGUAAAAAAUUACACAAAAGGAUCUCAUUGAGUUUUAUCAGGUGUCAAAGGUUGAUCCUGAUCCAGACAAAAUUCUGGAUACUGUGAUCCAGAACACACAAAAAUAAGGGUGUCGUUGGAAUUUCCAAUGCUGAAAGAUAACCAAUGAAGAUACAAGGAAGUGUACACUUACAAAUAUUCCAUAAUAAAUCAUGCAUUUAUGUAUCUAAUAUGAGUUGUUAAUAAAAGACACGUAACAGUAAAAGUUUUGGUGUGAAUAACAAUAUAAGGGGGGACAUGAGCUGCUUGGUGGAGGUCUGCGCUCUCCGAGUGCUUUUCUAGUAUUCUAACUGAAACACAAGUGAAGCUGCUCUUCAGAAAUAAUAUUCUGCUCUGUGUUUUUGCUAUAAGUUAUUUAAAAAAUACAUGUUUUCUCUAGAACUUUGUCAUAGUAAUUCCUUUGAGGAAAAUUUCCUCUUAUUGAGGAUCAGAAUCAUCACAGUACCUUACAUCACUGGGUUUGUGUUGUUACAUUGACCGUAAUGUUAUUUUUCCAAAGUUUCCAAAUCGAUAUCCUUUUGGUGAUAAAUAAAGUUUUCGUAUUCUAAGUUCUGGUUUGAUAAGGUAAAAAGCCAAAUGGAAUGAUAUUCUUAGUUUAUUCUUUGUGGUAUUCAGGUUUGGGGGGCGGGUCCGUACUCAAACUAUUUAAUAUCGAACUGAAAUUCAACAAAAUAAAAAAGCAAAACUGAUGAGAAGGUCAAAACUCUCAUGACCUUGCUUUAGACUGUACGAUGCCUCUGCAGUGAAGGACUGCCUGGCACCAUGCUGACCAUGUUGAUGCACACCUUAGAGCCCCAAUGACAGAUCAGCAUAGUGGUCGCACUGUUCCUCAGGGGGCAAUAACUGGUCUGAACAGAGAGACAUGAAUCACAUCUUCUUCGUCACACUAACCGACUUUUUCUGAGAAAACUAUGAGUCCUGAUGUCCCUGAGGAAACUAACUUUCAGAUUUAAUAAAAUUCUUCAAAUCAAAAAGUUGCUUUAAAGCAAUUGAAUUCAAAUUAAGUGACUCCAUGUUGAUAUUUUUAUACUGUCUUAUUUUCCCCAGAGCAUUAUGGGAACUUUAGCAUUUGAAUCUUUAAAUGAGGUAACACCACAAUACAUUUGUGGUGUUACCUCCUGCAAAGCCACACUCCUGCAAAGUCUUUAAGAUCUACAAGAUGGCAGCUUCUUGUGGUGCCUAAGACCAGACUAAAAACCAGGGGUGUUUGUGCCUUCUCCGCAGUGGCCCCAAAACCAUGAAAUGGCCUGCCCUGCGUGUAAGAUUGUCCCCAACAUGAACAGUUUUUAAAUCCCGCCUGAAAACAGAUUUUUACUCCUUGGCUUUCAACCCAGCAUGAGAGUUGUGUGGUCGGUCCCUGUCUGUUCUUUUAUUGUAUUUUUAUUCUUACAGUGUUUUUAUUUUAUUUCACUUCAUUAUUAUUUUAAAGUGUUUUCAUGUGGUUUUAUGAUGAUUCUUUAUUUUAUUCUAUUUUAUUCUCCAACAGAGUUUUAUGUUCUGUGUGUUUUAACUUAUUUUACUGCACUGUGCAACACUUUGCUAAACUUGAUUGUUUUUAAAAUGCGCCAUAUAAAUAAAGCGAAUUGGAAUUUCACUAUAAGCACAACUUAAACAAUUAGAAUUAAAGCUGUGAGCAGCAGUAAACAGGUCCUCACACCUUUGUGCAUGUUAGGGCCUGAAGCAGCUGCAGCGACGUGUGAGAUCUCUGAGGUCUAAAGAUCUCCAAAGCAGGUCUUGUUUAAAGCAUUGUGUAGCUAUGCUAUGUCUUAGAUCUACAACCCUCAGUAAUCUUCAUGACAACAUCAAUACAUCUGCAAAAAUUAAAGGCCUAUUUGGCCAAGCAUAAGUGUGAGUUAGUACUGCUUUUGUCCAAAAGGUGGCGUUAUUACUAUGACAGUGAUGUAGAAACGUCAAAACUGGGAUGGUCAUUAAGCCCGAAGAAAAUUCCAUAAUGACUGUGAAAUGCAGUCUUAUGUGUUUCCACAGGGUGGUGCUAUGACCGCAGUAGAGAUACCGACACAUGGAUGGUGUUCAGGGCUGGACCUGGAUCAUGUUUAUGAAAAAUCACACAGAUCAAACUCUGUACGAAACACUUUUACUAACUUCCUGUUUGAUAACUUUCUGUCCUCUCUGUGUGUCUACAUUACUGCUGUUCAAUUAAUAAUGCUGUACAUUAUUGCUGUACAAUCUGCUGUUCUACGCUGCAGUCUGCUGGGGAGGAAGCAUCAAACACAAAGAUGCAAGACGUCUUAACAAACUGGUGAAAAAGGCUGGCUCUGUGGUAGGACUCAAGCUGGACUCAGUGGAGGAUGUGGUGGAGAGAUGCAGCUCCUCAAAUGUAAUCUUUUAUUAAAAUUACAGUUUGAUCUCACUCACAUCAUCUCAUGCAAUCUCAGCGAUUGCAUACAAUGUGGGCUAUUGAGAACAUUAGCUAAUAGGAACAUUUACAAUAAAUGAGCAAGGAGGGUUGCUAAGUUUGAACAUCAGUAAGCUACUUCAGUGGGUGCUGAAUCUCAGACAUAUUUUGAAUUUUAAAUGACAGAAGAAAUUUGGAAACCUUUCACUUGCAUCUCCUCCAGUGUACCAACUGUCCUCCCCAACCUGAGUUUCUGAUAAACAUCAGUUUAGAGGUAAUAAGUGCGAUGGUGCAUCAAUAAAGGUAGAAGUGAGGUUGUCCUGGACUGAGGCCGUCCCUCUAUGAACUGUAUCUUUGCUGUAUUUGUGUACCAUGGGCAACUCGGGACAAGUCAACAAAUCUGUAAAUGUUUGAUGCACACACCAAACAGUGUCCUCAGAAGUCUGAUAAAAGCCAGCCCUUGAGUCUGGGGCAGCGGUUAUCGCAUAUGCCCCCUGUGCCAUAACCACUUAGUCUAGCAGCUACAACCCUGUACUCUCCUUUCAGGCACUGAAUCAAUAAGGGCAAAGUCACCAGGAAUACAUAAUCACAAUGACAUGUAAUCCUUUACAUGGUUGGGCAUGUUUGGACUGAUGUGUGGCUUGAAAAACUGAGAGCAACACAUAAAACCUCCAGGCGAACAGCUUUAAGAGGUCGGAGACAAUACUAACAUGAAUACAAUGAGAACACAAAAACACAGUGAUAAUAACAGAGUGUGUGUGAGCAUCGCCACAGUACUGCUCUGAUUUCACUGUGGUUUGAAUUUCUAGAAAAUACAGUUUCUAAAAUCAGAAGUGCACGUCUUAAAUCAACAGAAGAAUCUGAGUUGUUGCAGUCUCUACCAACCUAAAGGGAGUUAUCAGGAAGUCUAACCCGUGUCUGGGUUAGCAGAAAGAGUGUGACGUCAGUCCCGUGUCUCUGCGUCCAGGUUACUUCUGUGUACGCCUCAGGCUGCCAAUGUUAUCAGUCAGCGUCUAUGGCGACCGUCUUUUGGCUUCGCACGUAAAUUGGGUGAAAUGAAGAUGUACUGUUCAAUACAGGAAACAUAAAGGAAAUAUAUCAUGUCUGUUCUGAUUAAAGUGUCUGCAGCAUCUCAACAAUAUCAUGAAUCAAAGCCAUUAUAACCCAAACAUCACACUACUGUCAAAGAUAAUUUUGUUGUAGGUUCUUUAUGGCAUCGGGAUCAGGAAGUUCUUACACUAAGAGUUUUACCUCGAAUUUAGUAGUUGCGUGACAGGUCUGGAGGAUGGUGAGACUUUAGACUGGAUCCCGUCCUGUGGUUGUUGUGACUAGUUUUGUGAAUUCGUAAGAAGUCACGGUCAAGUCAACAAAUCUGUAAAUGUUUGAUGUAAAAACCCAGACUAUCCUCAAAAGUCCUCGAAGCACCAGGAACUUUCUUUGGCCCGCUGCAGGACAAGGCAGGAGUGACAGUACUUAAUAUUUAAUAUGAUGUUCAAAAAGUUGCUUUACUUGGAAGUGCGCAGCUCUUUUAAACGCUUUAAAUCUCCUGCUGAUGCUCUGUGUGAUUAAAGCCUCCAGCAUUAAGCUCACCACCUGUACCUCCACGGGUCUUCAGUCUCCUGUUGAUGGGACUUUUGCCUGCAAACUUUUAGGUUAGCCCUGCUCUGCUUCACAGCUGGUUUUUUCACAUAAACCAUUGGAAGCAGCUGGCAGCCUUCUGAAAAGUUCUGGUUGUCCUCUGUUUUACAGCGUUAGAACUCAGUUUGAGCUUUAGCAGACGACUGAGUGAUAAGUAUGUGUCAGAUAUAAAGACGGUCAGCAGUAACCCACAACAAUGCCUGUUAUUACCAGCUGAUCUGCUCAGAUCUGAAAAGGUGUGCUAAAAUAACUAUGAGCCAGAAAAGCUGAUGCACUACUUAUGUGCGGCUUACACACAUCUGCUGUGAAGAAGUGUUGUGAAGUGUUGGAAACAGGCAGUAAGCAGGUCAUGUCAAACAUGAUCAUUUCUCCAUCAGAGCUCCUCGACUUUGGAACGACCUGCCAGAGGAGAUAAGGCGUGCAGAGACAGUCGCUUCUUUUAAGUCAAUUUUAAAAACUCACUUUUACAGACUUGCCUUUAUGUGAUGCCAUCUUUCAUCUUUUAUUGCCUUUUACCGUUUUUAUUUUUCUCCUUUUUCUUUUACCUCUUUCACCUCUUUCUUAUUUAGACUUACUGCCUUUUUAGCCUUUGUUUUACUUAUAAUCUUUUUAUUGAUUUUAAUGUUUUCAUUUUCCUUUAUUUUAUAUAUAUAUAUUUAAUUCCACUUUAUCAUUUAUAUUACCAUCAUUUUAUUUUAUUAUGAUUUUAUUAUUAUUAUUAAUAUCCUCUUUCAUACUUACUAGCCUGUUUUCUUCCCUCCUUUUCUAUUUCUUUUUUUUUUGCUUUUAUUUUGGUCCUCAUGGUCCCAUUUAUUUUGUAGGGUUCUUGUAUUGCCUGGGUUUCUUACGAAAAGUGAAACAGGCCUACAAUUCAGAGGCCUGUUUUUAACUGAGCUUUUGUUUUUAUGUGUUUUUAUUUUCAAUGUGCUGAUGCUCUGUGCUUACAACUGUUGUCUAAGCACUUUGUAAACUUCUGUUUUUAAAGGUGCUAUAUAAAUAAAAUUAUUAUUAUUAUUAUUAUUAUUAUUAUUCCUCGUCGAAUCAAAAGCUGUUUGUCCCCUUUCUAAAACAGACUCACAAUAAAAGAAACAGAUAAACCAAAAAGGAGAACUGUUCUGUUCUUUGGAAUAUAAAUAUGAAGAAAGAAAACAUGUUAAUACUUUUUCACCUAGGGGUCUUCUAGCGAAUGGGUUACAAGAAUGUAUCCUAAACUAAUAAAACAUCUACUGUAAGCUUUCUGUGUCUGACAUGGUGAUGGUGCGUGAUGUGAACAAAGAAGAGUGUGAAAGAACUGAACUGGUUUGCAUCUAAAUCCCUUCUUUCUGCUGAGGUGGGUUGAGGUUAGAUUGUUGGCUGUCCUGUUAUACCCUGUUCAAUACCAAUAUUUGUGUAUCCUCAGUAGCCAAGGACAAGUUGAUAAAUCUAUCAAUAUUUGAUGUACGAACCAAAGCGUGUCCUUAGGAAUCCUACAAACUCAGGAUACCUCUGGACCAACAAUGAAACAUGAUUGGGCUGAGAAAUCCACUAACCCCCCAUGGGAUAAAAAGAAAUGUAUUUAUGUAUGUAUGUUAAGUUUCGGAAAAGCCAGAACAAUUGGCAGAAUGCCAUGAGCAGCUACUAUAAAAGCUAAACAACUCAGAGAAACUUGGUUAUUCACUUUUCUCUGACUAAAGUUCCUAGCUCUGCGUGAUCUUCCAUUUGUACUCUGAAGUUAGCUAUUGUAGCGUCAUGAAUCUGUGGUUCAGCAGUCUUUCCUGUUGGUGGGGUUAGUCUUGAAUAGCUCGGCUCUGACACAUGAAGACUGCAAACCCUGGGUGACACCUAAACCUACUUUCACUCCGGUAAGCUCCUGGCCUGAGUCUUAGCUUUAGCACCAACUUUCUGAGCAGUGUACAGUUGUCUGAGUUCCUCUUGACUUCGUUUUUUUCUGUUUUGGGGCAUUAGAUUCUGUUUUGCCCUGCUGACCCCUCAGUGAUAAAUGUUUUAUACAUUUUGGGAGACUCAGGACCUGAUUCACAAAGAUUCAACAUCAUAAGAAUAUACCAACAAACUGCACAUUUGGUUGUUGAUCAUUCAGCUUGCACAUUAGAUUGCAGGUGAUAUCAAGUAUAAAUUAUUUUACUUGAGCAAAACUUGAGCAGAGCCCAAAGAUGAUUAAAAAUGUCAAGAAUGGUACAAAAAUAAAUGUGGUUACUCAUUGCUGGGAUGUGAGAGGCCGAAAAUGAAUUUAGGGAUACGUCCUGUGUAAAACUGAAGCCUUUAGAUGGAAGCUCUUCUGUUCCUGUGUGGUGAGCCUGGAGUUAAGUUUUGCUUAUUCUUUAAUCAGCCACCAAUCUAUUGACCUGACUGUUCUCAAGCUUAUAGAGCUAAAUAAAGCUUUUGUAGACUUAGUCAAGCUGUUAGUUCAAGCUGUUAAAUCCUAAUGAAGUUCAGUCUGAGACUCAACAUAAAUCACAGACUGUCAAAGGAUCUCAAGUUAGAUCCUAAGUUUGAUAUUUAGUUACACCGAAAGUUUUUGACACUUCAACAACAGGAAGUUCUCCCAGUCAGGCAAAAUGGGAUUUUUAAUAUUUUGUGCUUUUGGUUUGUUGAUACCAAAGAUUAAAUUCCAGAUUAAUAUAAUCUGGAUGAAUGAUCAAAAUUCAGCAUGGAACUCUGAGUUUAUCUGUUUGUCACUUUUUUGUGCUUGUCUGCAGGAGGUGGAUCUUCAUUAUGGGUCACACAGAUAAUCCAGAUUCUGAAGCCAAAUUCAGAUCAGCCAGGAGCCAGCGGACUGAGGACACUAACAAACUGAUCAAGGAUACAGCACUCAGGCGGUGAGUAUUUACUGGAACAGCAUUAGCCAUGUGAAUGUAAAACAUAACUUAAUCAAAGACCGAGAGAAAAUCCCCUUUUACCCUGUAAGAUCAUAGACUGUAUAUACUAUGGACAACUUGGUUCCGCCUACCGCCUGUAUACAGAUUUGAAGCCAAAUAGCUCUUUGUAUUUCCGGGAUUUUUCUUCAUUUCCUGAAACCAGAGCUGCGCAGUAGCGAUGCGUGCAUUCAGCCAUGCAGUCGCAGAGAGUCACUGUGAUGCUGCUCGGCUCAAACAGCUUCUCCCCUGGGAGAGCGACGCAAUCCCUGAAUGCCCACAGGCUGUACCAGGUGUCAAUCAUAGCAAACAUGAACCCCCUAAUAACUUUUAAAAACGGAGCUUCACAGAAAAAAAAGGACUUGAGCACAAACCAGUCUUACAAUAACUACAUGUCAACAUCACAAGCAGGGGGGAGAAAAAAUUAUGUUCUGUUCAAUAAAUUUCUAAAGUUUGUCUACAGUCCCAUAAGCUUUGCUGGUGGAGGCUGGAUUGAUGAUCUAUACUGCAGCCCAUCACCAGAGGGUGCUGUUCUCAGAGUGGCUUCACUCAGCAAGAAGGCAGACUCUGUCCAUUCUAUAAACAGUCUAUGUGUAAGACCCAGAAAACAGAACGGAAACUUCUUCAGCCUCACCGAGUUCACAAUCAUUCUGUCCAGAUUUACUAUUUGCAGACAACACUCACGUUUAACCUUCUUCAUAGUAAAUCCCUGAUUCAAACAGCCUGUAAUUAACCACCAGCCUACAUCAUCUUUGAAACCAAACACUGGUCAGCAGAGAAAUGGUAAUUUUAAACCUCCAAAUGAAAUCCAACAUUUCCAGACUGGGGCUGAAGCUUCAGGUAACAGCUUCAGUCAGAAGGAAAGAUAAGAUAAACCUUUAUAUAUCCCACUUUGGAGAAGUCUGCAUUGUGAACAGCAGCAAAGGAUCAUCUAGGCAAACAGAAAUGUGAUAAAACAGUAGAUUUAGAAAAAUACAGUGUAAUUUAAACACAUGACAACAAAGGUGUCAUCUAAGAAUUUGUGAAAGAGUUUGUGGGGACCUAUAUUUGCCAUUUAGAGAAGUAGCUACCUUGUGUUGCAAAAUUAUGUAAAAGACAAAAGUAAGAUGUGAAAAAUCCUCAUGGGUGGCCAAGAACUAUGCGCAGGCCUGCCAAUAGGUGCGGACAUUUCAACUAGUUCUCCUGGGUCCUUGGUCAGGGGGGACCAGAACUGGGACUCCUGACUGUUGAAAGAUAUCCAAUAAUAAUUUUCACGAGUUUGCUUUUUUUUUAAAUACAGAAUGUGUUUUUAGUCACAGAUCAUUGUUUGCCUAAAUUUUAUAAUUUUCCUUGAAUUAGAGGUCACAAACAUCAUGCUCCCAUUUAACCUCCCUAUGCACAAAUGGUGCAGUCCUUAUGUAAAUGAUCGGCCAAUAUCAGGGAUGCAAAAUAACAGGUAGGAAGUAGACAAGACAGAGGUCUGUGGGUGUCCAUGAACAUCUUUUAAAGUCAUGAAAUAAGAAAUGAAGUAGAAAGUGACCAAUGAAGGGCAGACGGUUAAACACAUGGCACAGUCCAAUCAGAUUUGAUGUCUGUCCGCUUGUAUAAAACCACAAGUCCUCAAUGUCUAUAGAGGACUGUUGCUCAGGAGAUGAUUCGGAUGAGUGAGGGCAGGAUGGGAGGAAGGAAGGAUGGCAGGAAGGGCAGAGAGAGAGAGAGAGAGAGAGAGAGAGAGAGAGAGAUGGAGGAGACGUCACAUUCGAUUCAGAGUCAGCGCCACAGGGAUCAAAGACUUGGCAUGGUACACAACCUGAAGGCCUAUCUUUAUAAAAUUACAUUUUUUAAAACAUAUUUUUACAUUUAUAAGAAUGAAAAAAAUAUAUUUGAACCCUUGAGAGUUCAAAUAGUCCGUGUCUAUCCCAGACACAGACAAACCUGUCAGCUAGCCUGACCAUAACGUACAAAGAUUAACCAAACACUUGAAGUUCAAGGUCAACAUCAGCUCCUUAACUGUGGGUGAACUUUCACAACUUCUUCAGUGCAUGUGUGUUUAUAAUCUGUCAUCUCAGACUAAGUGAGACCUGGUCCUUAAAUCUAACUUCUCAAGGAGGACAGACGGGGUAGAAGAUUUUGAGGUAGAAUUUAAUAAUUCUAACUCCUCUAAUGUAAUUUAAUGUGUUUCCUGGUGCACUAGGAAUGCAGUGGGGGUUGUUACUAUUUAUUAUAUAGGAGGGUGAUCUAGAGGUUUACUUGAGCUUUUUUGCGUCACUGUGCACUUUACUAUAUUGUUAUUGCUUCUGUUGUCCUGUGCUGUAUUGUAUUGUACUGUUUGUACUGUAUUUUAUGUAUGCUGCCUACCCAUAUGUCCAAGACAAAUUUCUCCUUUGGGAGACAGAAUAAAUUAACCCUCAACCCUCAUCUUACACGUCAUCUAAAUGUGUCUUCUACAGAGUGUCUGCUGCCUUCAAUUUGUAGGGAUGCUGACAUUCAGAGACUCCUGCACAAGGUCACAUCAGUGGGUCUAAACAAGCCAAAGUGUAUGAGGAUGUUGAAGUUCAAUAAGUGACUGGAAAGUCCCCUAGGAGAGUAAGUGGAUGCUUGACAACUCAAGAACAGUUUGAUGCAGUACUUUAAGAACCACUUUUACAACUUUUAUAAAGUGUUUUCAGUCAACAGUCCCAUAUAUCUCACUCUGUGGUUUCCAGCUAGGACUGAAGAAAAUGGUGAUUGAUUUGGAUCUGAAAGUGUCUGUCUGCUUUAGGUGAUAAUGCUGUCUUGAGAGAUGUUUUUUUCCUCUCUGUUUUUACCACAGAGUCUGGGCCAUCCUCGAGGGCUGUCUACUCUACCACACCACUGACUUUACCAACCACAACUAGGUUACAGCCAACCACCAUGCUGUCAAGGAAAGCUCAAAGACUACCAAACAACAAUCUUCUCUUUCUUCUUCUUUUUAAAUUUAAUAUAAUCAUGAUCAAUUUUGCUUUUCAGCUUCAAUGUCCAUUAUCUGCAAUGAAGACCUGGAGUGAGCCAAGAAGCAGGCCAGCUAUGACCCCAAAAGCAGUACAUUACCUUAUAAUUUUUCAGAUUUAAGAGCAAAAUGGAUGUUGAGAUGUCUUUACAGAUGGAUUCUAUUCUCUUUUCUUUGCAGCUUUCUGUCAUGAUAAAUUUUUCUGAAUUAAAGAAACAAAAAGUGACUCAAACAUUAAACGUGAGGGCAGCAUUUUCUUUUUCAAGUAAAAUCAUUGUGGAUGGUGGUGGUGUGGGUUCCAAUGGGAUGAGGUUAAGGACGGUGCUUAUGUUGGAGGUGCAUGCAGGCGUUGUGACAGGAAGUUAGUCUUUCAUACAGUUGUGAUGAAAUACCUCUUGAUUGAAUUUAAUAUCAUAGUGUAAUAACAUUUAAACUAUGACACCAUGGGGCUCUAUUUUUGUGCCUCGCCACAGACGUGUAAGUCAGGUCCACCGUGCCGACAAGGCGUUCCCAAGCACAAUUUGGUAUUUUGGUGAGCGGCGCAGCCCGGCGUAAGUAUCCCCCCUCCCUAAAUCAGCUCCUUCCAGCGGCGUAAGUCGUAGCAAGGGAGGAGAGAGGGCGUGGAGUGGGUUUAACACAGCCGAGACCUGUAUUGACCAAUAACAUCAGCUCCUCUCCUUGCCUUUAAAUCCGCCACCGGCGAGGCGAAUUACUAUUUUCGUGAAGUAGUCAAAGAGAUCAAGAGAUGUCUGAGGACAGUAAUGCCACAUGAUGGCGACAGAUUGGCAGCCCCUCAACAAGUGUCACUGUAAACGCUGCAGAGGGCAUCCUGCACACUCUCUCAUAUAAGCACAGAUGGAGUUGGUGUGUGUAAUGUUGGACCCACUGGUAAGACAAACACCCUUUUCCACAAAUAAAGACACUCACAUAAAGUUGCAUAUACUCAAACCUCACGUGACAAAGGUGGGUUGUGCGCAGAGAUCACAACAUAAAUUCCAAUAAUGGCAUUAAAAUCUGAACCAUCUGUGCGUAAAUGACGCAUCGCGCUCCGUGGCCGGGCUCUUUCUUUCAUAGAUGUUAGCAUAUAUAAUAAAUUUGGCUCACAAAACUGAAUAUUAUAAUAUUUGUAUGUAGGCUUAAAGUAAAUAACUCAUCUGAUCAUUGAAACAAAUCAUCUGUUCAGCCGCUGCAGCAGGACGGGGAGAGGACACGGAAACAUGUCCAGGCCGAGCUGCGCGAGAAAUAAGAGGAAGAGGAAGAUAGAAAUAUGGGGGAGACGAAUGAAACAUCUUGUUAACUUCAUCAUGUGUGUCUAUUUAAAAGAUAUUUAAUUUUAUUUAACACGGUUUCAGCUGUGUUGAUUCGGUCAGGUUGUGUGUCCAAAGAGCAGGUUAACGUAUCAUUUUUACGGCAUGGCGAUGUUAUGUGAAGUAGCUUUAGAAAAGCUUUAAAUUGUCUCACAAAUCCUCCCUUCUCCUUGACCGACACUACACGAUUAUCUGAGUAAUUAGUUCCCCCAGAAUCAGGGGACAUAAAGUUAUUAAACCAAAGACAUUACUGAGACAGCUGCCCUGAGACCUGGUCCCAGAAAAGCAGAAGAAAGUAUGUGAGUUGAUGGAUGGAUGGAUGGAUGGAUGGAUGGAUGGAAGGGCACAGUCUGUUCAUACUAUGUGGUCAGUCCAGGAUGUAGUGUUCUUGGCAGAGACACAGAAGGUGUCUCCAAGGUACUGAUUCGCUCUCUUACAUUGGCCAUUAGUACACAGGUAGAAGCUGGAGCUCAUACCCACAAGGGCUCCUAAUGCUUGGCAGAGGGCGUGCCACACCUGUGGCAAAUCAGGGAAUCAAACCUAAAUUGAUGUUAGUAGAAAUGCCAUGGAGCCUAAAUACCUCUUGAACUAUAAUACCUGCUGUCCCCACAGCAGAGAGGGGUUUAGGCAUAGGUAUGAGAUGCCAAGGCUUUGGAAAUCGAUCAGCUGUGGUAAAUGGGAUGGUGAUAACUUUGGAUGGGGGUGGCUGAGUCUAAGUCCAGAGCUAUGUGAAACUAAGGGACUCGAUACAUAUAGAGAGGGUGAAGGAGACCAGUAGAGGAAGCAUUGGCAGUAUGGACUUGGUGUCUGCAUCCACAGUUGGCCAUCAGAAGCGUCUCUUGGGAGGGUGAGGGUCUAUCUAAAUCAAAUCAAAUCAAAUCAAAUUUUAUUUAUAUAGCGCCAAUUCACAACAGUCGUCAUCUCAAGACGCUUUUCAAAGAACAAGAGCAGGCCUAGACCACGCUCAUUGUUUGAUGAUCAAGAACCAACCUAAGAUGGGUUUUGGCCCAUUUCAUCUGACAUGAGUAGCAGUGGCAAGAAAAAACUUCCUUUUAACAGGCAGAAACCUUGAGCAGGACAGCUAAAAUAGGCUCCUGCCCCCCCUUCAACCCCAAACGGUAAGUGGUUAAGAUCAUGGAUUAGGGCUUCGAUAGUCUUGUACCUACAACAGGCUUAUGUUUGUGAGUUAAAUGUUUAAGCUUGUACAAACAGUAUUUGUGUGAUAUUUUAUGUCAAAUGUUUUUCAUAGAGAGUCAGUUUCUUUGUCUUAGCAGUUGAUUGUUUGACUCUUGGCCUCAACCUAUUUGCUGCAUGUCUUCCAUGCUCUCUCUUCAGCUGUCCUUUCUAAUAAAGGUAAAAAUUCCAGAAAAAUAUAACUUGAAAAGAUAAUGGAUGGAGGGAUGAAUGGAUGAAGUUAGAUUAGCACCAGAAUCUACAAAGGCCAAAAACGACAACUAAAGUCCAAUAUACUGUAACUUUCAAACUAUUUACACGGGGAAGGAUAGAAAAUGAUCUGACCAUACUCCUGUACUCCCACUUCGACUGGUGAGCACCUUUUUAGGCCUGUCAGAAAAAUCAGCAAGAAAAUGGACCAGUAUUGUCACAAAAUGUGGCAAAUGUGGUUUACCUGGUGUGUAGACUCACUCACAUGCCUCUCAGUGCAAUGAUUUAAUCAAUGAAAUCACAAACCACUAUUUCAGCUGCUUUUAUGCACUUUUCAUAAAUGAAUUCAUCUUUUUUAAGAUGUUAAUCUGUCUCACUUUACCUGCAUUCUAGGAAAACUUGAGAUUUCACACAGUAAUAACAAAACAGUCUGCAGCCACAGACAUCUGUAUCAUCAGAUUUGUUUGAUUAUUUUGCCAUGUUACAUAUUUUUAUAGUGUUUUUACAACAACUCAAUUACUAAUGUCCUUGUUAUUAAGGCGAGCUUCUUGAUUGUUGCAGAUAUCUGGUGAUUCCUUUAGGACCAUUGCCAUCAGCCUACUGUUUGAAUUCAUGGCUGUGCCCUCCACUGAACGCCUUGUCGGGGUGACGGACUAGACUUACGCUGCGGCCAUGUCUCCGGCAAAGCACGAAAAUAGAAAAUAGAAAAUAGAGCCCUAUGAGUCAGGAAUGGUUCAGAUGAACUUAACAUUAAUUCAUUCGUUUGCACUUAAGCUGUAAAGCAGCAUUUCUGUCUAUGCUUAGGUGUGAGGUUUGAAUGAUAGAAAGCCCCAUGAUGAACUGUUUAGUCUCUGUAUUUGUGAAUCCUCAGCAGCCAAGAACCAGCCAACACAAUGUCAAUAUUUGAUGAACAACUAAACAGUCUCAACACAGGACAUGCCUUAAUGUUUUUUUCAACCUGCAAAAAGACUAAUUCUGACUGAAAAAUCACUGACCCAACCCCGCUCAAACAGGAAAAAAAAAGACAACCCUUUGUACCUUCACAGUCCAAGAAGACAAAACACUUGGAGCUGUGCCACCAUCAGCUUCUAUAAAAGCUGAGCGGGUCUGUGAGGCUUCAUCAGUCAGCUUUCUCUGCGAAAAGCUUCUAACUCUGUUUUCCUACAGCUCUACUUUGAAGAAAACCACAUUCAGCAUCAUGAAUCUGUGGAUCAGCGGUCUACUCCUGCUGGCGGGGUUUGUCCUGAACAGUUCUGCUCUCUCCUAUGAAGAAUGCAGACCCCUGAUCACGCCUCACUCUAAAUGGACACCGGUAAGCCCUUCUCUGCUGCUUUUUCUGGGUCUUGGUACUGAUAUUGACAAUCUCAGGUCAUUUGAUCGCCCCUUAUCCUAAGGGUGUCAUAUCGUCAGAGAAAGGUUUGAUUUUUGCAUCUUUUCUCAUUGACCAAUUGGCUACCAAUCCGAGGUGCUGAUGACAUUCAUCUUUAACUUUAAUCUGUCAAUUCAGAGCAUCAGGUCAAUGAUCCAGUUCAAACACAGUACAAGUCAGAUCUCUUUGAUACCAAAGGUUAGGUACCAAUUAUGAAUAUAAAAGAUUUUCAAUCUGAAUUAAUAACCAAAGCUCAGCAUUCUGCUCUUCUUAAACCAAUGAAAUAUAAUUGUCAACUUCACUGUUCUCUGUUUGUCUGCAGAUGUUCGGGAGGUGGACUUUCACAAUGGGUUAUACUGAUAAUCCAGUGUUUCAAGCCAUGUUCAGGUCAUGCAAAAGCCAGUGGAUUGACUUUCAUCCAUCAGAUUCCGGCAACUCUAAUGAAGUUAUUGAGGAGGUGGGACAAAGUCAGUAAGUAUCUGAUUUAUUUAUUUUUAUUGUGUGUGUUUGUGUGUGUGUGUGUGUGUGUGUGUGUGUGUGUGUGUGUGUACAUAUAUUUUUUAAUCAUUUAUAUAUAUAUUUUUUUACUUGUCUUCUGGUUGCCUUAAAACUUAAACGAUUCUGGGAUUUGAUUGAAUUGAAUGAUUUUCUGUUUAUGUAAAGCACUUUUUGCUACAUCUUUGUAUGAAAGGUGCUGUACAAAUAAAGUCUGAGAGACUUAUUUAUUUAUUUAUUUAUUUUAUUAUAUAUAUUUUUAUUUUUAUUUUUUUUUUUUUUUUUUGGGGGGGUAUGCAUUUUUUCAGACUCUAUUCUUCCUCUCUGACUCCUCUUAAAUAUCUUUACAUGAUUUUCAGAUAAAAAAAAAAAUCAGCCUCACUCUGGUGAAUCAAAAUAUCAUUAUUUUCAGCCUUCAUCUCAAGCACUUCAUUUGAGCUGAUGUCUCUUGACUUAUACUUGUACUGAUUUCCUCCUGAGAUGAAUAUAGUAUUCUGAUUCUGAUUUUGUUUCUCUUUUUUUCAGCCCAGAACAGGGUGUUUGCAAGAAUUACGUUUCCAAGUUGAUCAUUAUGAACAACCUGAUGAUAGGCUCAAGUAAGUCACUUGAUCCUAUAUGAUGCUUGAGUCUAUUCAUACAACAUCCAUUAGUAAAUGAAGGACCCUGUUUUACUGUGUGGUUGAGUACUAACCUCUGCAUUUGAAUAAGAGUCGAGACAUAAUUGAACCUGAAGAAAAUGUUGGACCCUUGCUCUUGAUUUGGGUCUUAGAGCGAGCUUUCUGCCUCGAGUGAUAAUGCUGACUUGAUUUAUGAUUUUUCCAAUUUCUUUUAUCCUCAGAGUUCAACUUCACCUGCACCUACCACUCUAUACCAACUAUUAAGGGCUGUGUGCUUUACCAUGUCACCGCUUUGAACAACAACAACCUGGUCACAGCCGACAACCCCACAGUAAAGGAGGAGACAAGAGGCUAUAAAACCUUCUACCUGUUGUGUAAGUAAAACAACUCUGGGCUGAAACACUUUAUAUAAAUCUGGGACAUUUUUUUAAAGUCAGUUUCAUUACAACUUUGUUUCUGUCCAGGCACCAAGCAGACUAUCUCUGACAAAGACCAGGAGUAUGUCAAGAAGCAAGCUGAAUGUCUUGGUUUCACAGGAGACCCUCAAUUUAUGUAUGACCCCAAAUACCGUAAGUGACCCUUAAACUCCUCUGAUUGAACAGUGAAAUGGAGAUAUUUCUUUCAUGUGAAAAUUAAUUUUCUCUAUUUUCUUUGCAGCUUUCUGUUAUGAAGCCCACCCAUAACUGAAGUCAAAAUCAAGCUUCCUUGACAAAUUUUCCAAAUGGAAAUAUUUGAAUUCAGGAAAUAAAAAGUAACACAAACAUGAAAUGUGUGUACAGUAUUUUUUUGAAUCCAGCUAAGUUACAAAUGAUGGGAAGGGAGGGGUGUGAGGUUAAGGGUCAUGCAUGAGUUGAAGGGGCCAAAUGCAUGUAGUAAUAUCAGUAGGUUCAAGAAAUACACAAAUAGAGUUGAACAAGAAUUUUGAAAAGCCUUGUUUCUUGGAGAUGGUCCCUUGUAGAUAUGGAGGUCUGAAAUCAGCAGCAUUCUUCAAAUAAACAGAUGGGUUUAAAUGAGGAUUAAAUCAAAGAUUAACUUACCAUAUAAAUGUGGUCAAUAUACCAGUUGCAUCAACAUAUCAACAGUAUUAAAGCUAGACAGUUAAUUCUGUGUUAUCAGCAGCAGGUACAAUUCAAACUGAUCGAGGUAAACCAGUGUUGAGCGUUGCAGUCUCAAUGAAUCCAUGACUACAUAGUUGCUGUCCCCUUAAGGGGUGGAGGAAGACUGCUGAUCUACAACAGACUUAAACCAUACCUACCUGAGAUAUUUGUUUGAGGUCCACCACAAAAAAGAGACAAUGUUACUACAUUUCAUACAUCAUGACCAAAGAGAAAUUAAACUGCUUAAUUCAUCAUUCUGCAGAAGGGGGGGUUGAUAAGGGGUUUGAUGGCCUGGGUUCAGCAUCCAUCACACAUGAGCUGUCCAAAGUCCAACACUGUGUUCACAUUUCUGUCCUCUAAGGUCCAUUUAUUCAUCCAAGUGCUUUCAAAUGGAAGAAGUUGAAACCAAUCCAAUUAAACCCUUCAAACCGUCUGGAGUUUAUUAAUGAUUUGUAAAGGGGUCAGCAGUCAUGCAGCUGUGCCUGUGGGCAGUAAGAGAAGGACAGAGGUUGGACUUGGAGGAGGGGGGGGGUAAACACACACAAACAGCAGAUCUGGCUCUUGCCUGCUCUGUAGAUGGAGACUGAGAAGAGGAUCUGAGAAAGUGAGGUCAAAGAAUAUCAGGGAGAGAUAGACCCUUUUCCAAAGUUUGAUUUCUGGAUGAUCUUUGACUGGGUUCAUGACGUUCUUGUGGGAAAGAUCAUCUUCUUUCUCUGCAGCUGCAUAGAUUACAGUGAACCAAAUGCCACCACCAUUAAAGGGGAACUCAAUCCUGCCUAUUGCUUCCUAUAAGGUCAGGAGGAUCAGACCCUACAACAGCUCCUGGUGUACGCUUUUGUAUUUUAAGGCGCUGACAACUGCAACUCCUUUCUGAAAGGCCUCCCUGCAUCUCUCCCAGCCCCAAAAACUGUGAUGGCUCAUCUCCCACCACCUCUAUGACGUAGACACCACUCCCGCCACAGGACCCCCCCCCCCCCCAAACCCCCCAAAUCCCCCAAACAACAAGGGAGUACUGCAGCAUCCUCUCCCCCAGUGUGAUAAGAGCACAGGACUAACUGUGAGGAACACCUCGUUCUCAGUAAGCUCUUGCUGAUUUGUUUUGGGUCCAGGCAAGGAUAACUACAGUUAUAUCUCUUCCCAGAACAGCCUGCGGCCCGAUGAGGUAAUGUCAUCAAUCCCAGUCUUAAUAAGUAAUAGAAAUACUAAUCUGCCGAGGAACAGAAGGUACCUAACUAAGAAUUCAUCAAACUUAGCCUCCAUCCCCCGUCAGCCCAUCAUGAGAAAUAGUACAGAUAAUUUCUCUAGCACACUACAUUCAGCUCUUUUAAAUGUCAGAUCUUUAGCUGGAAAAUCAUUCUUAAUCAACGAUUUUAUCAUCAAGCACAAUCUCAACUUAAUGUAUUUAACUGAAACCUGGUUAGAACAAGAUAACAGUCCAACUGUUCUUAUCGAGUCAGCCCCCCCUAACUUCAGCUUUAUGAGUGAAACGAGGAAGCAUAGAAAAGGAGGUGGAGUAGCUAUCUUAUUUAAGGACUCAUUGCAAUGUAAACAGAUGUAGUAUGGGAAUUUUCCUUCCUUUGAAUAUGUGGCCUUCCAGUUGAACUCUGCUACUAGAGCAAUAUUCCUUAACAUCUACAGACCUCCUAAAUACUGGGUGAAUUUUUUUGAUGACUUUACUGAAUUUCUGUCUAUAAUCUGUAUUGACUUUGAGUAGUGAUAGUUGGUGAUUUUAACAAUCACGUUGACAACCUCAGGACAGAGGCAACCAAAGAAUUGUGCUGUCUCCUUGAUAACUAUGGUUUGACCCAACAUGUAACAGAGCCCACACACAAUAGAGGUCACACUCUAGACUUCAUUAUUUCCAAGGGCCUGAACAUACCCAAAAUCAUGGAUACUGAUGUUGCUAUCUCUGAUCACUCCUGUGUGUUUUUGAGAGUACUAUUUCUAUGCUAUUCACUACUAACUACUACUAGAGGUAAUCACCAAGCGGCUUAUCACUGACAACACCAGUGAAAUAUUUAAUCAGGCUUUGACUCUUCUCCCAGCUCUUUCACGGCUCUCGGUCAAUGAGCUUGUAGAAGACCUUUGCUCUAGAAUCACAGAUGUGAUGGAUGCCAUUGCGCCCACCAAGGUGAAAAUAGUCUCUGACAAGAAAAGAUCUCUAUGGAGGAAUGCCGCGCUGGUUAGAGCUGAAAAAAGAGAGUGUCGGAAAGCCGAAUGCAGAUGGCGAAAGACAAGCCUUCAGGUUCACUAUCAGCUCUAUAAAGAGAGACUUCGUAUCUUUAACCUAGAACUGAGAAAUGCUAGGCGAUCCUUCUUCUCAGACAUCAUCACCAAAAACAAAAUAAUGCACACGCCUAUUUACCACAGUCGACAGGCUAACAAACCGUUCAGUAUCAGUAGCCUCUGAAUUUCUGUCCGCCAAGGCUUGUAAUGAAUUUGCCUCCUUCUUCAAUAACAAAAUCCAGAAAAUUAGACAAACAGUCAGUAGCUCAAUAUCCGGUACAGAUUAUGUGUUGUCCAUGCGUACUAACCCCAGUAGCAUGACACAAUUAAACCCGAUCAACAUUAAAACCCUGGAGGACAUCAAACUAAAUCUGAACUCCUCCACCUGCUGCCUUGAUUCUCUGCCAACAGGUUUCUUUAAAACAGUUUCUAAUUGCAUGGCCUCAGAUCUUCUACAGAUUGUCAACAUGUCACUUCUGUCAGGUGUCUUUCCACAGGCCCUGAAAACUGCUGUCAUAAAGCCUCUCCUAAAAAAAAGCAACCUAGACAACUCAGUAAUGAACAAGUAUAGGCCUAUAUCGAACCUCCCGUAUUUAAGCAAAAUCAUUGACAAAGCAGCCUUCCAACAGCUUCACAACUUCUUAGUCCUGAACAACUGUCUUGACGUUUUCCAGUCAGGGUUUCAACCGCAUCACAGCACUGAGACUGCUCUUAUCAAAGUCUUUAACGACAUCCACUUAAACUCAGACAAUGGCAAAAUUUCAGUCCUAGUAUUGCUCGAGUAUUGCAGCUGCAUUGAACCACCUUUGGGGGGGCCCAGCUCGCAAAAGGUUGAGAACCCCUGGUUUAGAUGAACUGAGGCAGUCCUUUGAGGAACUGUGUACUCUGUGUAUCUCUGCCCACUUGUUUUUCAGCAUCCAAGAAAAAUCAACAAUCUGUAAAUGUUUGAUGCCCAAAAUGAACAGUAUCCUUAGAAAGCAUUUAAACACAACACAACCUGCAAUCUCCUUUGAACCCACAGUGAGACAGGAAUGACUUUAGAUAGCAGUUGCACUUAAGUACAUCAUUUACACGCUCACGUUUACAUGCACAGCUUAGAGGAGCUAGGGUUAUUAUGCUAUCAGCUUGUUUCGGUUGACUUCUAUCCUUAUCCCAGUGUAUGACCACCAGUUGAGAACCAAUUUGUCGGUCUCUUUUCGCUCUGGUAGAAGGUGAUUUACGCUCUUUUAGUUUUCUCACCAUCAGGCCACCUCUUGGUUGAAGUCUCAAAACAAAAACUUAAAAGAAUACUUAAGCAGCAUAAACGAAUCAUAUGUCAAACAAGAAAAUCAAUAACCUCCCCAUAUCUUUAGUUAGAUGGUACCACAGGGUCGUCUUAUCUUACAUCAGUUCUUCUGCUCUCUAUGUUUUUUUUAUACCACACAGCUUCCUGUGUGAUGUGCAAGUGCUGUCCAGCUUUCGAGCCAAAGCUAGACAUGCAAUAUGUUUAACAUACAACCUUCAUCUGAACUGUUAGACCAGAUUGCGAGGUAUACACACUGAACAGAACUGGGGCUCUAUUUUCAUGCCCGCUGGUGACAAGGCGGAGGGUGGCAAACCCCGCGCAGUGGUAUUUUUGUCUGGCGGAGCCAGGAGUACAGCCCUUUUGGUAUUUUCGUAGACUGAGGCCCACAGAGGUCUGCCAAGCUGGGCGUGGUGGAAGGGGGAGGUGUCGACAGAAUUAGCUGGUGCAGUGACAUUUUCCUGCUCACCAGCGGCGUAUAAAGUGCACUGAAAUCUCGCCGAUUCAAACCUGGUCAGCUUUUGGCGCAGGCGGAGCACAGCUUGUCUAGUGGUAUUUUGGUAAACCGCCGGCGUAUGCAACCGAUGCCUCACCGGCAGGUUUCCACAGUGUCAGGCAUAUUUCACUGCAAUAAAUAAUCAUCAACAACUAAAAAUCUGAGUCAGCACAUACAUUUAGAUCUAUAUAGAUAUAUUCUGAUCUAUAUUUGAUCUGAUGAGCGUGUUUGGCACGCGUUUGGACACACAACCUGACCAAAUCAACACAGCUAAAACGGCAUUAACUUGAAUUAAAUAUCUAGUAAACAGACACACACGAUGAAGUGAACAACAUAUUUAAUUCGUCUGCCCCAUUUCUAUCUUCCUCUUAUUUCUCGCGCAGCUCGACCUGGACAUCCUGCUGCAGCUGCUGCUGCGGCAGCUGAACAGAUGAUUUGUUUCAGUGAUCAGAUGAGUUAUUGACUUUAAGCCUACAUACGAAUAUUAUAAUAUUCAGUUUUGAUCAUUUACGCACAGAUGGUUCUGAUUUUAAUGCCAUUAUUGGAAUUUAUGUUGUGAUCUCUGCGCACAACCCACCUUUGUCACGUGAGGUUUGAAUAUAUGCAACUUUAUGUGUGUCUUUAUUUGUGGAAAAGGGUGUUUGUCUUACCAGUGGGUCCAACAUUACACACACCAACUCCAUCUGUGCUUAUAUGAGAGAGUGUAAAGGACGCCUUCUGCAGCGUUUACAGUGACACUUGUUGAGGGGCUGCCUUCUGUCGCCUACGUGUGACAUUACUGUCUUCAGACAUCUCUUGAUCUCUUUGACUACUUCACGAAAAUUGUAAUAUGCCUUGCCGGUGGUGGAUUUAGAGGUGAGGAGAGGAGCGGUCCUUAUUGGCAAAAACAGGUCUCGGCUGUGUUAAACCCACUCCAUGCCCUCUCUACGACUUAUGCCGCUGGGAGGAGCUGAGUCAGGGAGGGGGGAAACUUACACCGGGCUGCGCCGCUCACCAAAAUACAAAAAUGUGCUUGGGCAUGCCUUGUCGGUGCGGCGGACCUGACUUACGCCACAAUGCCGGGGAGGCACAGAAAUAUAGCCCCUGAUCUCCAGUCUAGCUUCAGCUGAAAUAACACCUAAUUGGCUGAACUGCUAAUGCUACUUGUGCUGUCAGCAGUGGCAGGCUGUGCAGACUUUGCUCACAUUUUAAUGCUUUCCGCAUAAAAACUCGGGAAGUAAUUCCUCAAAUGAUUAAACAGAUCUGUUAUCUUGCAGGUUUUUUGAGGGCACAGACUGCCGACAUACCUUGCACAUCAGCUUACGUGCUCAACGUCACUUUGGAGAUACCCGAACCACUGCCACACAAACGACAUUGAAUAACUUUUCUUCUGAACAAUGGCAUUGUCAGAGGAUGACUCACAGUCAUGGCUGAUGUCUAUUUUGCUGCGCUUAGCUCCACGUUUAGCUCCAUGUUCGGUUACUCUGUUUCCUUCUCCUAUUUACUUUUUUUUUUUUUUUACAGGAAAAGCUCAACUCUGAUUGGUUGUUGUUACACACAUUUCGGCCUUGUUUGAUCAAGUUAAUAUGCUCAUGACUGUACUUUAACUUGAUAACAAAACUGGGGAACACCAUGGGUUAAAGGCAUUGAAUUAUUGCCUUGAUUGGGAUUGUUUUCUACAGGGCAGUUAAUUCAUUAGUUUGCACUUAAGCUGUAAAGCAGCAUUUCUGUCUAUGCUUAGGUGUGAGGUUUGAAUGAUAGAAAGCCCCAUGAUGAACUGUUUAGUCUCUGUAUUUGUGAAUCCUCAGCAGCCAAGAACCAGCCAACACAAUGUCAAUAUUUGAUGAACAACUAAACAGUCUCAACACAGGACAUGCCUUAAUGUUUUUUUCAACCUGCAAAAAGACUAAUUCUGACUGAAAAAUCACUGACCCAACUCUGCUCAAACAGGAAAAAAAAAGACAACCCUUUGUACCUUCACAGUCCAAGAAGACAAAACACUUGGAGCUGUGCCACCAUCAGCUUCUAUAAAAGCUGAGCGGGUCUGUGAGGCUUCAUCAGUCAGCUUUCUCUGAGAAAAGCUUCUAACUCUGUUUUCCUACAGCUCUACUUUGAAGAAAACCACAUUCAGCAUCAUGAAUCUGUGGAUCAGCGGUCUACUCCUGCUGGCGGGGUUUGUCCUGAACAGUUCUGCUCUCUCCUAUGAAGAAUGCAGACCCCUGAUCACGCCUCACGCUAAAUGGACAUCGGUAAGCCCUUCUCUGCUGCUUUUUCUGGGUCUUGGUACUGAUAUUGACAAUCUCAGGUCAUUUGAUCGCCCCUUAUCCUAAGGGUGUCAUAUCGUCAGAGAAAGGUUUGAUUUUUGCAUCUUUUCUCAUUGACCAAUUGGCUACCAAUCCGAGGUGCUGAUGACAUUCAUCUUUAACUUUAAUCUGUCAAUUCAGAGCAUCAGGUCAAUGAUCCAGUUCAAACACAGUACAAGUCAGAUCUCUUUGAUACCAAAGGUUAGGUACCAAUUAUGAAUAUAAAAGAUUUUCAAUCUGAAUUAAUAACCAAAGCUCAGCAUUCUGCUCUUCUUAAACCAAUGAAAUAUAAUUGUCAACUUCACUGUUCUCUGUUUGUCUGCAGAUGUUCGGGAGGUGGACUUUCACAAUGGGUUAUACUGAUAAUCCAGUGUUUCAAGCCAUGUUCAGGUCAUGCAAAAGCCAGUGGAUUGACUUUCAUCCAUCAGAUUCCGGCAACUCUAAUGAAGUUAUUGAGGAGGUGGGACAAAGUCAGUAAGUAUCUGAUUUAUUUAUUUUUAUUGUGUGUGUUUGUGUGUGUGUGUGUUUGUGUGUGUGUGUGUUUGUGUGUGUGUGUGUGUGUACAUAUAUUUUUUAAUCAUUUAUAUAUAUAUUUUUUUACUUGUCUUCUGGUUGCCUUAAAACUUAAACGAUUCUGGGAUUUGAUUGAAUUGAAUGAUUUUCUGUUUAUGUAAAGCACUUUUUGCUACAUCUUUGUAUGAAAGGUGCUGUACAAAUAAAGUCUGAGAGACUUAUUUAUUUAUUUAUUUAUUUUAUUUUAUUUUAUUUAUUUAUUUAUUUUUUUUUUUUUUUUUUUUUGGGGGGGGGGGUAUGCAUUUUUUCAGACUCUAUUCUUCCUCUCUGACUCCUCUUAAAUAUCUUUACAUGAUUUUCAGAUAAAAAAAAAAAUCAGCCUCACUCUGGUGAAUCAAAAUAUCAUUAUUUUCAGCCUUCAUCUCAAGCACUUCAUUUGAGCUGAUGUCUCUUGACUUAUACUUGUACUGAUUUCCUCCUGAGAUGAAUAUAGUAUUCUGAUUCUGAUUUUGUUUCUCUUUUUUUCAGCCCAGAACAGGGUGUUUGCAAGAAUUACGUUUCCAAGUUGAUCAUUAUGAACAACCUGAUGAUAGGCUCAAGUAAGUCACUUGAUCCUAUAUGAUGCUUGAGUCUAUUCAUACAACAUCCAUUAGUAAAUGAAGGACCCUGUUUUACUGUGUGGUUGAGUACUAACCUCUGCAUUUGAAUAAGAGUCGAGACAUAAUUGAACCUGAAGAAAAUGUUGGACCCUUGCUCUUGAUUUGGGUCUUAGAGCGAGCUUUCUGCCUCGAGUGAUAAUGCUGACUUGAUUUAUGAUUUUUCCAAUUUCUUUUAUCCUCAGAGUUCAACUUCACCUGCACCUACCACUCUAUACCAACUAUUAAGGGCUGUGUGCUUUACCAUGUCACCGCUUUGAACAACAACAACCUGGUCACAGCCGACAACCCCACAGUAAAGGAGGAGACAAGAGGCUAUAAAACCUUCUACCUGUUGUGUAAGUAAAACAACUCUGGGCUGAAACACUUUAUAUAAAUCUGGGACAUUUUUUUAAAGUCAGUUUCAUUACAACUUUGUUUCUGUCCAGGCACCAAGCAGACUAUCUCUGACAAAGACCUGGAGUAUGUCAAGAAGCAAGCUGAAUGUCUUGGUUUCACAGGAGACCCUCAAUUUAUGUAUGACCCCAAAUACGGUAAGUGACCCUUAAACUCCUCUGAUUGAACAGUGAAAUGGAGAUAUUUCUUUCAUGUGAAAAUUAAUUUUCUCUAUUUUCUUUGCAGCUUUCUGUUAUGAAGCCCACCCAUAACUGAAGUCAAAAUCAAGCUUCCUUGACAAAUUUUCCAAAUGGAAAUAUUUGAAUUCAGGAAAUAAAAAGUAACACAAACAUGAAAUGUGUGUACAGUAUUUUUUUGAAUCCAGCUAAGUUACAAAUGAUGGGAAGGGAGGGGUGUGAGGUUAAGGGUCAUGCAUGAGUUGAAGGGGCCAAAUGCAUGUAGUAAUAUCAGUAGGUUCAAGAAAUACACAAAUAGAGUUGAACAAGAAUUUUGAAAAGCCUUGUUUCUUGGAGAUGGUCCCUUGUAGAUAUGGAGGUCUGAAAUCAGCAGCAUUCUUCAAAUAAACAGAUGGGUUUAAAUGAGGAUGAAAUCAAAGAUUAACUUACCAUAUAAAUGUGGUCAAUAUACCAGUUGCAUCAACAUAUCAACAGUAUUAAAGCUAGACAGUUAAUUCUGUGUUAUCAGCAGCAGGUACAAUUCAAACUGAUCGAGGUAAACCAGUGUUGAGCGUUGCAGUCUCAAUGAAUCCAUGACUACAUAGUUGCUGUCCCCUUAAGGGGUGGAGGAAGACUGCUGAUCUACAACAGACUUAAACCAUACCUACCUGAGAUAUUUGUUUGAGGUCCACCACAAAAAAGAGACAAUGUUACUACAUUUCAUACAUCAUGACCAAAGAGAAAUUAAACUGCUUAAUUCAUCAUUCUGCACAAGGGGGGGUUGAUAAGGGGUUUGAUGGCCUGGGUUCAGCAUCCAUCACACAUGAGCUGUCCAAAGUCCAACACUGUGUUCACAUUUCUGUCCUCUAAGGUCCAUUUAUUCAUCCAAGUGCUUUCAAUUGGAAGAAGUUGAAACCAAUCGGAUUAAACCCUUCAAACUGUCUGGAGUUUAUUAAUGAUUUGUAAAGGGGUCAGCAGUCAUGCAGCUGUGCCUGUGGGCAGUAAGAGAAGGACAGAGGUUGGACUUGGGGGGGGGGGGGGGGGGGUGUAAACACACACAAACAGCAGAUCUGGCUCUUGCCUGCUCUGUAGAUGGAGACUGAGAAGAGGAUCUGAGAAAGUGAGGUCAAAGAAUAUCAGGGAGAGAUAGACCCUUUUCCAAAGUUUGAUUUCUGGAUGAUCUUUGACUGGGUUCAUGACGUUCCAUUAAAGGGGAACUCAAUCCUGCCUAUUGCUUCCUAUAAGGUCAGGAGGAUCAGACCCUACAACAGCUCCUGGUGUACGCUUUUGUAUUUUAAGGCGCUGACAACUGCAACUCCUUACUGAAAGGCCUCCCUGCAUCCUUGAAAAACAACACAUCACUCAGCAGUGUAUCUCAAUAGCAUUUGAAAGAGUCGAUCAAUCACACUUUUCUUAUCCAGAUACUUUUUCAUACUGGCUUUGAAUUUUUUUCUUGUAAUUGGUUAUGUAGCUAUCUUUUUAAUAGACAUCAGUGUGUAAAGGCUGGAAACAUUCAAACAGAGUUUUUAUCUCCAUCCAAAGGUGUCCCGCACGGAUCAGUUUUGGAGCCUAUUUUAAUAUUGUUUCCUCCUCAACAGUCUGUCAGACAUUUUUGACCUUUAUGCUGAUGAUAUUUUCUUAUAUUCUUAUAUUGUUCUGGCUCAGUUAGAAAAUGCUGCUGUAACACCAUAAUUUAUUGAUUUGAAAUCAAUAAAGUAAUUCUGAUUCUUACAUUAUUUUACACUGCUCUGCUGAUUCUGCUUACUUAGCUGUAGAGAAGCUGCAAUGUGCUUUUUAUCAUCUUCAAAAUGUUUUUAACAGCCUUCCACACUCAGUGGUAACAUUGUUUCAGUAUAUUAACAUCCUGGUACUUGGCUGGAUGAAUCGUUCUCAUUUAAGCCCCAUAUUGAGACUCUUAACAGUAAAUUUAGGCAAAAACUUAGUUUUCUGUUCAGACACAAAUCAAACUUCCCUCCUGAGUUCUGGUUUUGGCAGACAUGAAUAGGAGUUGUGUGAUUCUGUGCUCGAUUAUUCUUCCUCAUGGACUUAGAUGACGUCAGUGUUUCAGCGGGGCGCCCUGCCAACUACUAGCCCUGCCAACAAGACCCCAUCCCAGAAAUUGAAGUUGUAGAUUAACUAAAGCUCCCAAUAGUUUCAUUACUUUCAUGAAAAAUGUAUCUCUCCUCUCCUCUCCUCGCGCUUGCCACUCAAAACCUGCCAGUUUUGCACAGGAUGGUUUUGCCAACCCGGGGUUCUGGCUCCUUUUCAUCACAUUUGCCACCAACAAAACAAUAAAAAAAAACUGGUAAUGGAGCAGCGAAGUGUAUCCGAAAGUUCAGCAACCCAAUUGAAAAUAUCAAAAUCUUAAAAAAAACAAAACAAAACAAAAAAAAAACAGUACGUAGUGAUGUGGACGCCUCACAUUCUCGUGGAUGCUUGCCAAAGCAUCUCUCCCAGCCCCAAAAACGGUGCUGGCUCAUCUCCCACCACCCCUCUGACAUAGACAUGGAUCAUACAGUGUACGAAAAAGCUAGGGGGAAACACAGGAGGUUAUGGUUGUUCCACGCUGGACUAAAAUUUUAUUUUUCGUUUUUGAAGUUGUGGAUGAUAGAAAGUUGAAUUUUCAAGUAGGUCAAAUAUGGUUUCAUAGCAAAAAAAAUAAGUUUGAAAACUUACUUACAAUGUCAGAUCAUGCUUUAAAAUUCAAUAAAAUCAUUCCAUUUCACUUUCUAGUGGCACAAAUCCCAGUCCAUAAACCUGCAGUUAUUAUGGAUCAGGACCUGAAUGCAGAGCGUGUGGGCCAGUAUGGGAUGGUAAAGAGGGUGUUGCAGCAACAGCUGCAGAGAUAAGACUAUGAGUCAGGGAUGGUUUAGAUGAACUGAGGCAGUCCUUUGAGGAACUGUGUACUCUGUGUAUCUCUGCCCACUUGUUUUUCAGCAUCCAAGAAAAAUCAACAAUCUGUAAAUGUUUGAUGUCCAAAAUGAACAGUAUCCUUAGAAAGCAUUUAAACACAACACAACCUGCAAUCUCCUUUGAACCCACAGUGAGACAGGAAUGACUUUAGAUAGCAGUUGCACUUAAAACACAUGAACCCAAAAACAAAGACACAGACAGGAAGACGUCAGCUGUCUGUUUUCAAUUCAGGGUUUUCUGAUGUAGGCUCUAUCAGCACUCAUCAGAGUGGAUGCAUUGUGGGUACUUUUGUACUUCUUUUGUGCAAAGGCAGUGAUUGCUGUCUGUGUCCUUCACUCAGACUGUUGAAGUACAUCAUUUACACGCUCACGUUUACAUGCACAGCUUAGAGGAGCUAGGGUUAUUAUGCUAUCAGCUUGUUUCGAUUGACUUCUAUCCUUAUCCCAGUGUAUGACCACCAGUUGAGAACCAAUUUGUCGGUCUCUUUUCGCUCUGGUAGAAGGUGAUAUGCGCUCUUUUAGUUUUCUCACCAUCAGGCCACCUCUUGGUUGAAGUCUCAAAACAAAAACUUAAAAGAAUACUUAAGCAGCACAAACGAAUCAUAUGUCAAACAAGAAAAUCAAUAACCUCCCCAUUUCUUUAGUCAGAUGGUACCACAGGGUCGUCUUAUCUUACAUCAGUUCUUCUGCUCUCUAUGUUUUUUUUUAUACCACACAGCUUCCUGUGUGAUGUCUAAGUGCUGUCCAGCUUUCGAGCCAGACAUCAGAACUGAUCUCUGGGUAUGUCAGUCCUACUGAAAGAAACCUGAUUGGGUGCUAAUACAGUCAGACAAAUAUCACUACAUGUCUUCCGCCAGUCCAGCUUCAGCUGUCAGCAGUGGCAGGCUGUGCAGACUCUGCAAGCAUUUUAAUGCUUUCCGCAUAAAAACUCGGGAAGUAAUUCUUCAAAUGAUUAAACAGAUCUGUUGUCCUGUCGGUGUUUGAGGGCACAGACCGCCUACAUACCUUGCACAUCGGCUUCAUUGCUCAACGUCACUUUGGAGAUAUCCGAACCACGGCCACACAAAUUAAAUUGAAUAACUUUUCUUCUGAACAAUGGCAUUGUCAGAGGAUGACUCACAGUCAUGGCUGAUGUCUAUUUUGCUGCACUCAGCUCCACGUUUAGCUCCAUGUUCGGUUACUCUGUUUCCUUCUCCUAUUUACUUUUUUUUUUUUUUUACAGGAAAAGCUCAACUCUGAUUGGUUGUUGUUACACACAUUUCGGCCUUGUUUGAUCAAGUUAAUAUGCUCAUGACUGUACUUUAACUUGAUAACAAAACUGGGGAACACCAUGGGUUAAAGGCAUUGAAUUAUUGCCUUGAUUGGGAUUGUUUUCUACAGGGCAGUUAAUUCAUUAGUUUGCACUUAAGCUGUAAAGCAGCAUUUCUGUCUAUGCUUAGGUGUGAGGUUUGAAUGAUAGAAAGCCCCAUGAUGAACUGUUUAGUCUCUGUAUUUGUGAAUCCUCAGCAGCCAAGAACCAGCCAACACAAUGUCAAUAUUUGAUGAACAACUAAACAGUCUCAACACAGGACAUGCCUUAAUGUUUUUUUCAACCUGCAAAAAGACUAAUUCUGACUGAAAAAUCACUGACCCAACCCCGCUCAAACAGGAAAAAAAAAGACAACCCUUUGUACCUUCACAGUCCAAGAAGACAAAACACUUGGAGCUGUGCCACCAUCAGCUUCUAUAAAAGCUGAGCGGGUCUGUGAGGCUUCAUCAGUCAGCUUUCUCUGAGAAAAGCUUCUAACUCUGUUUUCCUACAGCUCUACUUUGAAGAAAACCACAUUCAGCAUCAUGAAUCUGUGGAUCAGCGGUCUACUCCUGCUGGCGGGGUUUGUCCUGAACAGCUCUGCUCUCUCCUAUGAAGAAUGCAGACCCCUGAUCACGCCUCACGCUAAAUGGACAUCGGUAAGCCCUUCUCUGCUGCUUUUUCUGGGUCUUGGUACUGAUAUUGACUAUCUGGAAUUAUUUGACUGCUUCAUUUGUUGGCUCCAUUCAGUUUUUUAAUAAGAAAAUUUGGAAGGAAGACAAAGUCGUCAGACCCAGACUGCAAGGUUUCUGGGUGUGACGGUUUGUACUGGAGAACAGAUUCCAAAACACAAACCAGCAAAAAGAAAGAGAAAAAAAGUGGGCUCAGUGAGGAAAGACCCUGAGUAUGUCAUUGGCUACCAAUCCAAGGAGCUGAUGACAUUCAACUUUAACUUUAAUCUGUCAAUGUAGGCUAUCAGGUCAAUGACCCAGUUCAGACAGAGUAAAAGUCAGACCUUUUCUCUUUAUUUCCUGUCUUAUUAUUCCAAAACAAAAUUAACUUUUAAUAGUUAUAAUAGAAAUACUUAAUACAUACUAUGUUGUGAAUGAUGGUUUUAUAGGCAUUUAAAGCUACUGUGAGUGACUUUCGUUUUUCUGUCUAUUUUUCGGCCCCCUGUUAACAAAGAGAUUUUUAAUAUCUUGUCAUCUGUUUUUCAGUGGUGUCUUUAAAAAUCUCAUCCUGCUGGCUUUCAACAGUCAAAUAAAUCAAUUUUGGCAAAAUUAUAUGUGUAAAAACAGGGCUGCAUUAAAGUCACUCAGCUGAAUCCUACCACCUCACACCACUUUCAGACGUUCAAAUUAUAUUUGUUGUCAAUCUUUUCACUGAUGGUCUAACUUUGUUUUUAAGGUUAUAAAAAGGCAUUACUAUGAAUUUCAGUGUGUUUCAUCAAUGUCAAAACACUUCACUGGAAUUUUAAAAACCGGAUAGUUGUUUUUUCCAGUCAGGUGUAAAUAUUUUUUUUUUCAAAACUGAGGCUUUUUGACACCAAAGUUUAAGUACCUAAUAAAAAAAAAGAUUAAUAAACUGAAUUGAUAACCAAAGCUCAACAUUCUGCUCUUCUUAAACCAAAGAAAUGUAUUUGUCAAUUUUCCUGUUCUCUGUUUGUCUGCAGAUGUACGGGAGGUGGACUUUCAUCUUGGGUUGGACUGAAAAUCCAGUAUUUGAAGCCAUGUUCAGGUCAUGCAAGAGCCAAUGGAUUGACUUUCAUCCAUCGCCAUCCGGCAACCCUUAUGAAGUUAUUGAGGAUGUAGCACAAAGGCAGUGAGUAUCUGAUUUAUUUUUAAAGUCCGUCUGUGAGUAAAGAUACUGUAUGUGUGUGUAUUAUAAUAUUAGCUCUUUGUGCUACAUCUGUAAAAAGUGCAACACAAAUAAAGUCUGAUUGAUUAAUUGAUUGAUUAUUUGAUUGUUUUAUUUGUACAUGUUCUUUUAUCAAUUUUAUUUUAUUUCUUUUUACUUGUCUGCAUGCUUUAGGACUUUCACGAUUCAGUGAUUUACUCUUUAAUGAAUUUCUAUUUAUGUAAAGCACUGUGCUACAUCUUUGUAUGAAAGUGCUAUACAAAUAAAGUCUGAUUGCUUGAUUGAUUUGAUGUUGGGGUGUGUAUUUUUUUCACACUCUAUACUUCCUUUCUAAUCCCUCUUUAAUAUCUUUACAUGAUUUAUAGAUCAAAAACAGCCUCCUGUUUCUACCUCUGGUGUAUUAAAUGUCAUUAUUUCAGCCUCUGUUUCAAGCACUUCAUUUGAGCUGCUGUCUCUUUAUUUAUACUUGUACUGAUUUCCUCCUGAGAUGAAUAUAGUAUUCUGAUUCUGAUUCUCUUGUUUCGCUUCUUUUCAGCCCAGGUCUUUGCAAGUAUUACACAUCCAAAUUAGUUAUUAUGAACAACCUGAUGAUAGGCUCAAGUAAGUCACCUGAUCCUUUUUGAUGCUUGAUUUUAUUCAUAAGAGCUUUAUCAGUUAUUGGGGGACAAUGUUUACUGUGAAGUUGAGAGCUAAUCUCUGUUUGCAAGGGAAUAGUAGUCAAGACAUGAUUGAACCUGAAGAAAAUGUUGGCAUGGACCCUUGCUCUUGAUUUCGGUCUAAGAGCGAGCUUUCUGCCUCGAGUGAUAAUGCUGACUUGAUUUAUGAUUUUUCCAAUUUCUUUUAUCCUCAGAGUUCAACUUCACCUGCACCUACCACUCUAUACCAACUAUUAAGGGCUGUGUGCUUUACCAUGUCACCGCUUUGAACAACAACAACCUGGUCACAGCCGACAACCCCACAGUAAAGGAGCAGCUCAAUGGCUAUAAAACCUUCUACCUGUUGUGUAAGUAAAACAACUCUGGGCUGAAACACUUUAUAUAAAUCUGGGACAUUUUUUUAAAGUCAGUUUCAUUACAACUUUGUUUCUGUCCAGGCACCAAGCAGACUAUCUCUGACGAAGACCGAGAGUAUGUCAUGAAGCAAGCUGAAUGUCUUGGUUUCACAGGAGACCCUCAUUUUAUGUAUGACCCCAAAGACAGUAAGUGACCCUUAAACUCCUCUGAUUGAACAAUGAAAUGGAGAUAUUUCUUUCAUGUGAAAAUUAAUUUUCUCUUUUUUUUUGCAGCUUUCUGUCAUGAAUAAAAUGGACAAUCAUAACUAAAGUCAAAAUCAAGCUUCCCUCCCAAAAUUUCCAAAUGAAAAUAACUUUACUCAAGAAAUAAAAAAGUGACUCAAACACUGAAUGUGUGGACAGUAUUUUUUUCUGAAUCCAGCUAAGUUACAAAUGAUGGGAAGGGAGGGGUGUGAGGUCAAAAGUCUUGCAUGAGUUGAAGGGGCCAAAUGCAUGUAGUAAUAUCAGUAGGUUCAAGAAAUACACAAAUAGACUUGAACAAGAAUUUUGAAAAGCCUUGUUUCUUGAAGAUGGUCCCUUGUAGAUAUGGAGGUCUGAAACCAACAGCAUGUUAUCAAAUUACUUUGACAUGAAUCGCUCUGUGACAUUUCUCAAUUAACAGAUGGGUUUAAAUUAAGGUUUAAAUCAAAGAUACACUUACCAUUAUAUGGGUGUGGUAAAUAUACCAAUUUGCGUCAACAUAUUAUAAGUGUUAAAACAAGACAGUUACUUCUGCGUUACCGAUAACAGGUAUAAUUUGGGUCCCAAUUAUUUAUAAUUAUAAACUUUAGAACUUUUUCAACUUUUUCACCCUCUAGACAGAUUUAAAAAUUCCUGAAAUUUGGCAGGUGGUUCAGGCCUGGCUUCAAUUUGAGUAUUUUACCGUGCCUCUAUAUAUCUCAAACAAAAUGACUUGCUAGCGCACCCUACUGUUUUCAUGCUCACAGAGUUUCCUGUAUGAUUUCUUGUACACUAGUUCCAACUCCACUAGAUUUUAGUCAUUUAAUAAGGGCCUGGCACUGGGCAAUUUGACACUGAACUUUUGUUCGUAUGUUGGAGCGCCACCUGGUGGCAGAGGGUAAUGCGUUUUUCUGUGAAUGGCCUGUAACUCCUUCUUUAAUGAUAGGAUGCAGCUGAGAUUUGUUCAGGACACACCUGAUAGGAUACCAGAUGGGCUAAAUAAUCAGUACCUUGUUUUAUUAAACUGCGCCUUGGUGGCACUAUGAAAUAUCUAAGAAAAAAAAAAGCAAUCUGUGGUAUUGCUGUAAAUAUGCACAGCCACAUGAAAUUUGAUGCACAGAUCAAGAGUGGCAUCCUCUUGAGGGCACCUGUCAAAAUGUAGAUCCAACUAAAAGACAAAAAGUGGAUCCAUAGCGCCCCCUACAAAAUUUCAAAUUGUAAGCUGCACUCCCGUGUGUGACCCAAACCUAUGCAAUCAAGGACAUUUAUGUUGGACCCCAAGACGAACAAAAAAGGCUCCAAUGUCAAAAUUGAGAUCCAACUUAAAAUUGCUCCAUAGCACCCCCUACAGAAUUUUAAAAUAUACCCAAACCUAAAGAACCAAUGACACAUGUUGGACCCUAUGACAAACAAAAGGGAGAGGCGGUCCACAAAGGUGGCAGCGCCACACGGCUAAGGCACGUUGGUGCCCCGCGUGGCGCUAGUUCAAAUUGAUCGGGCUAAACCAGUGUUGAAAUGUUGCCGUCUCAAUGAAUCCAUGAUCACAUAGUUGCUGUCCCCUUGAGGGGUGGAGAAAUACUGUUGUUCUAUGACAGACUUCAAUCACACCUGCCUGAUAUACUUGUUUGAGGUCCACCACAAAAAGAGAGACAAUGUUACUACAUUUCAAACAUCAUGACCAAAGAGAAAUUAAACUGCUUAUUUCAUCAAUCAGACACAGGCUGUGUCUCAUUUCAGAGACCGCAUCGACCUAAGUGCCCUUCUGCGCCGUCGAACGGUGCAUUUGAAGCAUGCAUGACGUCACGACGGUGCGAACGGUGUCCCAUUUGGCACGAGAUGCUAAAAAAUGCUAAGCGCGCUUAGCAUGUUUUCAAGCGUGCAUUUAUGCACACUUUCGUGCCGUCGGUAUCCCAGAAUGCUUUACGUGCCGCUGCACAGCUGCGCAUUUCAGGUGAGAGGCUGGACUCGCUUGGAGACGCAGCGCGUCUUCAAAGAAAUUACAAGCAAUCCAAAAACAGCAGACAGUCAGCUCAGGCUGUAUGAGAGCAUGAUCUCUGAACUCACUAAAAUCUGUAAACCAAACAUUAAAGAUUUAGAGACGAACUGAUCCGCUCUGCUUCAACAAUCAAAAACAUUAGAAAUAAGAAAGCUGACAAAACUACAGCAGAGUAUCAGGACAACAUUGAGGUUUUUUUCUUUUAAGAUUUAGAGAUUAAAGUUGUAAACUUAGGAGAAUAAAGUCAUAAAGUAAAUAAAGUCAUAAGCUGCUUUUGUGGAGGGGGAAAUGACUGAAGCUGGUCAUCUGCAGGGUUAUCUGUGGAUGUAUCAGCGGGUCAUUCAGAGAGAUUUUGUGGUUUCUGAAGAAACAAUCAAACUGAUGAUGAUCAACAUUUGUGAUCCAGAGGGAGUCGAGCUCCAACGAGCACCACGUCUCUGACACCGGCGGUAACCUACACCUGCAGAGACACCAACACCUUAUUAUGGCAUAUGGAUUCAUAUCAUAAACUAAAGCUCAAUGUCAUUCACGGAUAUUAACGGCUGCAUUGACAGAUAUAUCCUCAGCAUAUUCAUUUCUGCCUCCACAAAAGCAGCGAUUUCCUUCAAGUACACCAGUUUUUUCCCCCGUGGAAAAGACGUAUUUCUCAUAUAUUCUUUUUUAAGUCUUUAUACUUAUGACAAUGUGAUGCUGAUGUGCCAGAGGAUGAAGUAUCUCCUAUCCUCCUUCUCAAUAGGGCCCUCAUACUCCUUCAUACAAAACAAUCAUUGGAUUAAUUUUGUGGGAAUGAUCUGGGCUUGUAUGUAUCUACUAUUUUGUGUCUGUGCAAGGUCGCACAAUUAAAACAAUACAUGCUGCGCUCCGCAGCUUUUUUUCUAAUCAGUCGUGACGUAAGCCUGAGGGCGGGGACAUUUGGAGACCUUCGGAGGACUUCCUGGUGGAGUUGCCAAAUGUCCCCGCCCUCAGGCUCGCGUCACGACUGACUUAAAGGAAACCCGCGGAGCGCAGCAUUUAUUGUUUUAAUUGUGCGACCUUGCACAGACACAAAAUAGUAGAUACAUACAAGCACAAUUCAUCCAAUGAUUGUUUUGUAAGAAGGAGUAUGAGGGCCAUAUUGAGAUUUAAGACUUUAAGGACUUCGAGAUUUAAGUCGUGAAUUUACGAGAAUAAAGUCAUUAAUUUAUGAGAAUGAAGUCAUAACCUGUUAUUUCAGAGAGACUUGUUAAAAUUAGGGCCAUGAAGCAUUUGAAGGAACUGUGCUUCAGUAUAGGUUUCACAAACAAGGAGAUACUUCAUCCUCUGGCACAUCAGCAUCACAUUGUCAUAAGUAUAAAGACUUUAAAAAGAAUAUAUGAGAAAUACGUCUUUUCCACGGGGGAAAAAUAUUGGUGUACUUGAAGGAAAUCGCUGCUUUUGUGGAGGCAGAAAUGAAUAUGCUGAGGAUAUAUCUGUCAAUGCAGCCGUAAAUAUCCGUGAAUGACAUUGAGCUUUAGUUUAUGAUAUGAAUCCAUAUGCCAUAAUAAGGUGUUGGUGUCUCUGCAGGUGUAGGUUACCGCCGGUGUCAGAGACGUGGUGCUCGUCGGAGCUCGACUCCCUCUGGAUCACAAAUGUUGAUCAUCAUCAGUUUGAUUGUUUCUUCAGAAACCACAAAAUCUCUCUGAAUGACCCACUGAUACAUCCACAGAUAACCCUGCAGAUGACCAGCUUCAGUCAUUUCCCCCUCCACAAAAGCAGCUUUAUGACUUUAUUUACUUUACGAGUUUAUUCUCCUAAAUUUACAACUUUAAUCUCUAAAUCUUAAAAGAAAAAAAACUCAAUGUUGUCCUGAUACUCUGCUGUAGUUUUGUCAGCUUUCUUAUUUCUAAUGUUUUUGAUUGUUGAAGCAGAGCGGAUCAGUUCGUCUCUAAAUCUAUAAUGUUUGGUUUACAGAUUUUAGUGAGUUCAGAGAUCAUGCUCUCAUACAGCCUGAGCUGACUGUCUGAUGGUUUUGGAUUGCUUGUAUUUUCUUCGAAGACGCGCUGUGUCUCCAAGUGAGUCCAGCCUCUCACCAGUGCACAGCUGUGCAGCGGCACGCAAAGAAUUCUGGGAUACCGACGGCACGAAAGCGUGCAUACAUGCACGCUUGAAAAAGAGGCGGGGGUAGUGUGGUUUUGAGACCGAAUUUGAAGCGCGCUUAGUAUUUUGUGCCAAACGGGACACCGUUCGUGCCGCGUGGUGACCUCACGUACGCGUCAGAUGCGCCGUUCGAUGGCUGCUGUAUCUGAAAUGGGACACAGGAAGGGCACAGAACGGCUCAAAACAACACAAAAUGGCACAAAGCGGCAGUGCACUCAGCUAAGCGCCGUUAAGCGCGCUUAUCACGAUGCGGUCUCUGAAAUGAGACACAGCCACAGUUUUCCUUAAGCAGUGUUGGUGAUCUCUAAGGGAUUUGGGGGCCUGGGUCAAGCAUCCAUCAAACAUGGGCCGUCCAAAAUCCAACACUGUGUGCAUAUUCUGUACUUUAAGGUCCAUUUAUUCAUCCAAGUGUUUUCAAAUGGAAGACAUUGAAAAAUAUCCACAAAAAAACUUUUCAAACUGCUCAUACCCACUAGUUGUGUGCUGCUUCGUAAAUUUAUUUUAAUGUCUCAGAUCUAAAAUGGAGAAUUCCUCCUUUACCUCAACACCACAGGGACAUACACGUGGAUCCUAUUGGUGGAGUUAAGCAUUGCAGUUGACACCAUCAUUCCUAAUGACAAACUGGCCAAGCUCAUUGUGCCAGCCCACAUCUGCUACUCUAACCUGUUGACUCCAGACAUGUUAACCUCAAAAUUUACUGAUAAGGUUUCUCCCAUCAGUAAACAAUUCUCAGGAUCUGUCCAGCUCUGUUUACAGUCUCUGGCUAGAGGUACCUUGCUGAGUUCAUUUACUCCAUUAAGCAAAGAGGAAGUCUCCAGGCUUCUGCUUGACUUAAGGCCCACAACCUGUCCACCAGACUCAAUCCCUAAAAACUCUUUGCUUACCAUUCUGCUCACACUCAACCCCACCACUACUCACUGAGGCAACAACCAAAUAUUCCUCUCCCCACUCACUGAUCCUGGUAUCUCUGGCUCUGACCUCCAGUGGUUUGUGUCCAACCCUUAAAGGGAGACCUUUUCAGAUUAUCAUGGAGAGGAGAAGUGUCCAACACUCUGCCUAUGAACACGGGUUCUUCAAGGGUCAGUGCUUGGUCAUGCAUUGACUACUGGUACUCUUUACUGGCAGACCUCCCUACAUUUUCCUGAAACAGUACAUGACUUAGCAGUUCAUCCCUCUCAACCAGUCCCUUGUAGUAGCCUACAUCAAAUAAAAGGCCCUACUUCUUGCCAAUAAAAAAUACAACUAAAUGGGCUCCUGCCUCACCCGUUGCACUCUGCCAAUGAAAGGCGUUGGGUGCUUCCAUCACAAAAAGGGGCUAAGUCACUUGCCAGACUCUUCUCCAGACACAGUUCUUUGGAGAUCACUUUAGCUCAGCCUUAAUCUUGUGUGACUCCAGUGGUAGAAUGACUGAAACAAACGUUCCCUGAUGAUGGAUGGAUGGUGGAUGAAAGAUGGAUGGAUGAUAGUUGACAGAUGGAUAACGGAUGGAUGGAUGGAUGUGAUGAUAAUGACGAUGAUGAUGAGGUCCCUGAUGCAGGUCGACACUCCCUCACACAUAUUAAUGAUGACAAUAAUGAUUGAGGACUGAUAACGAUUGAACAAGAAAGACGAUGAGGAUGAGACAAGGCAUCUUCCAUAGUCCAGUUUUGGUGAGCCUGAUUGAACUAUAGCCUUUGUUUUCUGUUCUUACCUAACAGUGGGUCCCUUGCUGUGGUCUUCUGCGGCUGUCGUCCAUCUGCUUCAAGGUUGGAUGUGUUCCUCUGUUUCAGACCAUCCUCUGUAAACCCUAAAGAUGGUUGUGGAUUAAAAUCGCAGUCGAUCAGCAGUUAGUGAAGUACUCAGACCAACCUGUCUCGCACUAACAACCAUGCCAUGUUGAAAGUCCCUGAGGUUCCUGUUUUUCCCCAUUCCGAUACUCGGUUUGGACUAUAGAGGGAAGAUGAAUAUAAUCGGAUCCGUCUGUUUUCUUUUCAAAGAGCAAAGUCAAACACUACAAGGACAAAUAUAUCUUUAAAGGUGGAACAAAAAUGUUUUCUUCUUUUGGUCUAUUAAGCAGAUCAUUGAAAUAAAUCUACAAAAAACUGAACUGAAUUAUUGGCAGAAUGAACAAACUUCAACUUUAGCAUAACAAAGACAUCAAAAUGCUAAGAAUAAUCCACCAUUAGAGAAACCUUCCCUUAAUUACAAAUAACUCAAAAGUAAGAACAUUUUAGGAACCUUCAUUCAUGUACCAAGAAUGUUCUCAAGAACCUGCAAUUAUUUGGAUUAGGACCUGGAGGCAUAGCAUGUGGGCCGGUAUUGGAUGGUAUGGAGGGUGUUGCAGCAACAGCUGCAGAGAUAAAGCUUUGCGUCAGGGAUUGCUCAGAUGAACUGAGGCAGUCCUUUGAGGAACUGUGUACUCUGUGUAUUUGUGUCCACUUGUUUUUUUGUUUUUUGUAUUUGGCAUCCAAGAAAAAUCAACAAUCUGUAAAUGUUUGAUGCCCAAAAUGAACAGUAUCCUGUAAACCCCCCCAAAACAAAGACAUAAUAGGACUGCAUGACUGUAUCCAUUAUAUGAAAAACUGGAUGUCUAAAAACUUCCUUCAGUUAAAUUCCAGUAAAACGGAAAUCCUUGUUAGAGGGUUUCAGAAGAUGGCUGCAUAAAUCCCUCCUUUCCUGGGUUGCCGGUAAAUCACUUUAUACCUGUUGGAAGGAACCUUGGAAUCUGGUUUGACAGCAGUUUGAAUUCUAAACACCACACCACUGAGCUUGUUUAGUCAUGACCCAUAAUUUGAGAGAUAUCUCAAAGAUAUGAUCUUUUUUUUAAGUUUGAAGGACACAGAGAAGAUUUCACAUGCUUGAAGUUACUCAGUCUCCAGGUAUGCAUAAGUGCUGUCCAAGUAUCGAGAUAAAGCCAGACCUGCAAAUUGUCAAGCAUGCACAGAAUGCUUCGGCCAGUCCAACUGAGGGGUAUACAUGAGGACAAAUUCAAUCCCCUACAGCGCUGUCAAGUUAUGUUGGCCAAACUACCAUUCAGUAAGGCUCACAUGUUUACCUGUAUUUAUAAAGUUGAGUUCAGUUGAAUUAUGUUCAUAUUUAGAUUUUUUAAUGGGAAAUGUAGAUGCGUAGAUGCGAGACUGCUUUUUUGAGGAAAGUCAGGAAUCCUGUAAAAUUGAAAAAAAAUUAAAUGAUUUUACAAUUCUAUAACUCUGACUUUAAUCAGCUACAAUGAAAUAGUCUAAUUAUUGUGUCUGUCUUAACUGUGACCAAGGUACGUAAGAUUUCAUCUGAACAGUCAUGACUGAAUUUUACUGGAUACUUUCAAUUUGUGGAUAAAACUAGGGAAAAGCACUCGGAGCUAGCCAAAUACAAGUUGAAUAAAUUCAUUUAUUUAGUUCAUUAUGACUAUUUUCAGGAGAGCAUAAACUUUUUUAUUUCAUGGUUUAAAUUGUCUAACAAAUUGUGUUCACUUGGGCAACUCUGAAGGAAAGCCGGGAUGCACAUUUUUUUCUACUUUCACUUGUGAGGUAGCAUGAGUUUAAAUUUUCACCAUUCAAUGAAAAACUGUUUCAAACUUAACAUUUGUCAAUCCUGAGCAGCCAAGAACGAGCUGACAACAUGUCAAUAUUUAAUGAGCAACCGAACAGUCUCCUUCCUGGUACAACAAACAAAGGACAUGCCUUAAUGUCUGUUGAACCUAUAGAGGGUCAAUUCUGACUGAAAAAUCACUGACCCAACUCUGCUCAAACAGAAAACAAAAAAAAGACAACCCUUUGUACCUUCACAGUCCAAGAAGACAAAACACUUGGAGCUUUGCCACCAUCAGCUCCUAUAAAAGCUGAGCGGGUCUGUCAGGCUUCAUCAGUCAGCUUUCUCUGAGAAAAGCUUCUAACUCUGUUUUGCUACAGCUCUACUUUGAAGAAAACCACAUUCAGCAUCAUGAAUCUGUGGAUCAGCGGUCUACUCCUGAUGGCGGGGUUUGUCCUGAACAUCUCUGCUCUCUCCUACGAAGAAUGCAAAGCCCUGAUCACGCCUAAACCUGUUUGGGAGCCGGUAAGCCUUUCUCUGCUGCUUUUUCUUGGAGCUGGGUACUGAUAUUGACUAUCCAGAGUCUUUUGAUCACCUCUUAUCUUCAGGGUGUCAUAAAUUUAAGGAGAAGGUUUAAUUUUGUAUUUUUCUAUUUGACCAUUGCACUCUCAAGUGUGCUCUAAAGGCUUGAAUCAGAUAAUACGGACAACUUCUUGGUGUUUACCUGCACAUUUCUGUCGGCACAUUUUAAGUCAUGUGUGUAUUUUGAACAUGUCUUCAACAUACUAUAAGUUGGUCAUUGAAUGUGUGGUUCUGCUAAACGCACAUUAAACUGGGCUAACAACAUCCUGAAAUCUAUCUGGAUGCAAAAAAAUCGCUACGAACCUGUCUUGUUGUCAAGAGUGGAUGAACCCCACAUAAUUUUUCCCAUUUAGUGAGUAAAAGAAAGAAUUUAGCAACACUACUUGCUGGCUUCACAGAAAGAGAAAAAUAGAGGACUUGGUGAGCAAAGUGCCUUCGCAUUUCAAUGGCUACUAAUCCAUGGAGCUGAUGACAUUCAGCUUUGACUUUAAUCCAAAAACUCAAAGUAUCAGGUCAAUGAUCCAAGUCAGACACGGUACAAGUCAGAUUGCUUAGAUACCCAAGUUUAGUUACCAAACAUGAAUAUAAAAGAUUAACAAUCUGGAUAAAUAGCCAAAGCUCAGCAUUUUUCUGUGCUUAAACCAAUGAAACACAAUUUUUCAACUUGUUUUUGCUUGUCUGCAGAUGUACGGAAGGUGGACCUUCAUGGUGGGUUAUACUGAAAAUCCAGUAUUUGUAGAAAAGUUCAGGUUAUGCCAGAGCCAAUGGAUUGACUUCCUUCCAUCCGGGACCCCUAAUACAGUUAUUGAGGACGUAGCACUUAGGACGUGAGUAUAAAACAAAGUGACAACAGUUUUAUAGAUAUCAAACCCAUUAAAUUUAAUCAGCAGUGAUUGAAGGUAGUGGUGCUUGACAUGACCUUGCUUUCUACCAAGGUCAUGUGACCAGACUGAGGCUUAAGCAGAUCACUGAGUUUUUUUAUGAGGUAGCUCAAAUAUGCUAAUAUAUAAGUUAUGAGACAAAUGCCAAAAAUUUGACACAUUUGUGUACAAGGAGGGACAGUUGAGGCCAGACUUGCUGGUGUUGUAUAGAUGAUUCUUUUUUGUGGUCACAUGCACAAAAUCUGUUUUGAGACCUUCUAGUCUAAACAGAUUUUUCUACCUCUAAAAAACACGCUUGACUAAACUUGUACUGAUUUCUCCUGGGGUAAGUGAUAUAUUCCGAUUCUCUUGUUUAUCUUCUUUUUCAGCACCGCAGGGUGCAAGGGCUACACAUCCGAAUUAACUAUCAUGGGCAACCUUGCAAUUGGCUCAAGUAAGUCACCUGACUCUAUAUGUUGCUUGAGUUUAUUAACACAACAUCCAUUAGUAAAUGAAGGACCAUGUUUACUGUGUGGUUGAGUGCUAACCUCAUCAGUUGAAUAAGAGUCAAGACAUAAUUGAACCUGGAGAAAAUGUUGGCAUGGACCCUUGCUCUUGAUUUGGGUCUUAGAGCGAGCUUUCUGCCUCGAGUGAUAAUGCUAGCUUUAUUUAGGUUUUUCCAAUUUGAUUUAUCCUCAGAGUUCAACUUCACCUGCACCUACCACUCUAUACCAACUAUUAAGGGCUGUGUGCUUUACCACGUCACCGCUCUGAACAACAACAAUCUGGUAACAGCCGACAACCCCACUUUGAAGGAGGAACUCAGAGGCUAUAAAACCUUCUACCUGUUGUGUAAGUGAAACAGCUCUGGGUUGAAACACUUUAUAUAAAUCUGGGACAUACUGUAUUUUUAAUUCAGUUUUAUUACAACUUUGUUUCUGUCCAGGCACCAAGCAGACUAUCUCUGACAAAGACCGGGGGUAUGUCAUGAAGCAAGCUGAAUGUCUUGGUUACAAAGGAGAACCUCAUUUUAUGUAUGACCCCAAAGACAGUAAGUGACCUUUAAAGUGCUCUGACUGAACAGUAAAUGGGAGAAGUGUCUUUUGGACUAAUAUUGAUCCUUUUCUCUUUUCUGUGCAGCUUUCUGUCAUGAAGGCAUCGACCCAUGGGUCUACCAAAACUGAAGUCAAAAUCAAGCUUUCUUGACAAAUUUCCAAAUGGAAAUAAUUGAAUUCCAGAAAUAAAAAGUGACUCAAACAUUUAAUGUGUGUACAGUAUUUUUUCUGAAUCCAGUUAAGUUACAAAUGAUGGGAAUGGAGGGGUGUGAGGUCAAGGGUCAUGCAUGAGUUGAUGGGGCAAAGUGCAUGUAGUAAUAUCAGUAGGUUCAAGAAAUACACAAAUAGAGUUGAACAAGGUUUUCUUUUUCAAAAACCUGGUUUCUUGGAGAUUUUUUUUGUAGAUAUGGAGGUCUAAAACCAGCAGCGUGUUAUCAAAUUAAUUCUUUGACAUGAAUCACUCCUUGACAUUCUUCAAAUCAACAGAUGGGUUUAAAUAAAGAUUAAAUCAAAGAUAAACCCAUCAUUACAAUGUGGAAAACAUGUUUAUUUGUCAUGUGCAUGUCAGACAAGGUCAGCAGUGCAAUGAAAUGCCCUAGAUGAGAGGACCGCUUGACUUAAAGGGGUACAGAUCAAACACACAAUAGUACUGAAGGAAACAAUAAAAUAAGGAUACAAAAAAAAGAAAUUUUAUAUAUAUAUAUUUAUAGACUAAUAAAAGUAUAGGAGAAAUAUUUGCGAACAAGUGAUGUCUCCUGAAGUCCACUAUCCUCUCCUUGGUCUUACUGGCGUUUAGAGAGAGAUUAUUCUCCUGACACCAGCUGGUCAGAGAUUUCACCUCAUCCCUGUAGGCGCUCUCAUUGUUGCUGGUGAUAAGGCCCAAGAUGGUAGUGUCAUCAGCAAACUUGAAGAUCAUGUUUGAGCAGUGCCUGGCAGUGCAGUCCGGCAUGAAGAGGGAGUGGAGGAGUGUACUCAGGACACAGCCCUGAGGAGCCCUGGUGCUGAGGACUAGUGUGGAGGAGAGUUGACUGCCAACCUCUACCACCUGUGGCCUGUUGGUGAAAAAGUCCAGUAUCCAGCAGCAGAUGGACUUCUCCAGGCCCAGAGCGGUGAGCUUUGUGUACAGUUUUGAGGGGAUUAUGGAGUUAAAUGCUGAGCUGGAGACAAUGAAUAGCAUCCUCACACAGGUAGUCACCUUCUCCAGGUGGCUCAGGGAGGUGUGAACAGCUUGAGCAAUGGCGUCAUAUGUAGACCUGUUUGCUCUGUAUGCAAACUGCAGGGGGGUCCAAGGUGUUGGGGAGGGAGGUGCAGAUUUGAUGCUUAAUGAUCCGCUCAAAGCACUUCAUGAUGACAGACGUAACAGCUAUGGGCAGAAAGUCAUUAGGGCAGGACGCUGCAGGGGUCUUAGGGAUGGGAACAACAGCGGAGGUUUUCAGGGUGGUGGGAACGACAGACAGGUUCAAGGACAGGUUGAGGAUGUUAGUGAAUACUGUGUCGAGUUGGUCUGCGCAGACUCUCAGCACCCGCCCUGGGAUCCCAUCGGGCCCUGGUGGUGAGUUGGGUCAGGUGGCGGGGGAAGUGACCGCGCAGACCUGGCACGCCCAAAUGAAUAGUGAGGGUCUGUUGGGAACGCCUGGUGGAAGAACCCAUCAGGUUUGCUUUCAACUCCCACCUCCGACAGAGCUUUAACUACGUCCCGGUGGCGGAGGGGGACAUUGAGUCCGAAUGGGCUUUGUUCCGCUCUGCCAUUGUUGAAGCAGCUGUUGCGAGCUGCGGCCGCAAGGUUGCUGGUGCCAGUCGUGGCGGUAAUCCCCGAAAUUGGUGGUGGACACCAGAGGUGAGGGGAGCCGUCAGGCUGAAGAAGGAGGCCAACAGGUCAUGGUUGGCCUGUGGGUCUUCGGAAUUAGCUGAAUGGUACUAGUUGGCUAAGCGGUCCGCAGCGGGGGGAGUUGCAGAGGGAAAAACUCAGGCGUGGGAGGAGUUUGGUGAGGCCAUGGAGGAAGACUUUCUGUCUGCUCCAAAAAGAUUCUGGCAAACUGUCUGGCCCCCUUUAGGGGCAGCAGAUGGCAACUUGCCCACACCGUUCUGGAUGGGGGUGGGGAGUUGCUUACGUCAUCUGGCGCAAUUCUCCGGCAGUGGAAGGAGUACUUUGAGGUGCUCCUCAAUCCUACUGUCAUGCAUUCCCAAGGGGAAACAGAGUCAGGGGACCUGGUGGGAAUCCUGUGGGGGGUGCUCCGGGAGUACAGGGUGGGGUGGUUCAUAGCUGAAUGUGAAGCGGCUGAAAUGUGAAGCGGCUGGAAUGUGAAUCAGCACCUCCAAGUCCAAGGCCAUGGUCCUCAGUCGGAAAAAGGUAGAUUGCCUUCUCCAGGUCAGAGGGGCGGUCCUGCCUCAAGUGGAGGAGUUCAAGUAUCUUGGGAUCUUUUUCACGAGUGAGGGUAGGAUGGAACGGGAGAUUGACAGGGUCAUCAGAGUGGCAUCAGCAGUGAUGCGGACGCUUAACCGAUCAGUCGCGGUGGAUAAAGAGCUGAGCCGUAAGGCAAGACUCUUGAUUUACCGGUCGAUCUACGUGCCAACUCUCACCUAUGGCCAUGAACUGUGGAUAAUGACCAAAAGAACAAGAUCGCGGAUAAAAGCAGCCGAAAUGGGUUUCCUUCACAGGGUGGCCGGGCUCAGCCAUAGAGAUAGGGUAAGGAGCUCGGACACUCGGGAGGCGCUCAGAUUAGAACCGCUGUCAAAUUUAAAUCUUGGCACCUACAAAUAACAGGACACAUAUAGUUUUUACACAUAUUUUACAGUAGGACAGAGUAUCACAUUGUUUUAAUACAGGAGAUGUCAUUAUCAGUCAUUUGAAUUCUUUCACUAUGGAAAUGCAUUUUCUCAGCAGCAUAUGGUUGAGUGUAGGCCUGUCACGAUAACAAAUUUUGCUGGACGAUAAUUGUGCUACAAAUUAUUGCCGAUAAACGAUAUUAUUGACACCGUUUUUUAAAUUAUAGAAAAUGAUAUUAAAUGGCAUAAUAAUGCGAGUACACCGUGUCAAAAGUGAUAAACUUUAAUUUCACCCACGACGAAGACGUAACGUUGACGAGCUAAACAUAAGUCGGAGAUGACUAAAAUGUGACGAGACGAAAGUGCGUUUACGUUGAUGGGACGAGACGAAAAUGACAAACAGAGUUGCAAAACUCAGUCAGUUAAACGCUAAACAUAUAAGAGCAGCUUCAGUCCGCUCUGACAGCUCUCAUCAGCCUGCUGUGCUCCUCCAACACACAGACACACGAGUUUUGUGGUUGACGAAAACAAAACUGGUUUAAAGCCGAAAUAUUCCCACACUUGGGCUGUUGCGUUCGGUUUAGACACCAAAGCUGUCGUGUUCAUUCUGUUUGCUUGCUUUUCACUCACGACGCUCACUUGCAGGACUGUAUCCAAAAGUCUGUGUCUGUGUGCCUGUGCGCGCCAGCCCCCUCGUGACAAAGACACUGAAUGACUGACAGGAGGGUUCACUAACUCCGUUCAUUCCGCUAUAGAGCCAACGCCCCCAGGUGCCGAGAACAAUGCGCAGAGUGAGACCUCUUCUCUCAACCAGCGUGUUUGGUAGCGAGAGAGGAGGAAAACAAACGCACGUCAAUUAUCGAGGCUGGCAAAAUGACCGACCUCGUUUUUAUUUACCGAGCGAUAAGGCGAUUUAUUGAUUAUCGCGACAGGCCUAGUUGAGUGCUUAGAUAAGGUGUUUUAUGAGAGAGAUCAGAGGGUUAGUAUCCAGUGCCUCUUGUCUUUCAAUGGAUUCCAAGUGUUCAAAGGCUUAAAGUUGUAAAUCUAGCUCUUGAAACCUGGGUUGAGACAUGAGUGUUUGUUUCGAUAAGUGGUAAUGGAGUAAUGGAGACUCUGUAAGCAGAAUGUCUGAUCAAGGAUGUUAGUUUGGAAAAAUGUAUAUUAUCUUGUGUCAAAGAACCAGAUGGAGAACCUUUUCUGAGGGGAUGAGAGUUUCUUACAGAAUUGUCUGUGCUACAGUGAGAAGAGUAUCUGAGAAGGAGAAGGUGUAUUUGGGAUGGUAUUUGGGAGAGAUUAGCUUUUUCCAAAGUUUGAUUUUUGUGUCAUAUUUAUCUAAUUUGUUAUGUUAUCUUUGGACAAUCCAAAGACAGGUCUCUGUGACUGCAUAAAUUACAGUAAACCACAAUGUAGUGCACCAAAUGUCACUGCAGUUAUGAACACUGUAGCGAUUUAAAUUUAUAAGAAGUGUCUGAAGUGUAAUAAUCUUCAAUUAUGACAUUUAUGCACUUGUUGAAAGUGGCACCACCUACCCUUAUUAUAAAUUUAAAGAGAAAAUACCUCCUAAUUUUUCCAGAAUUUUUUUCCAUUUCUUAAUGAAAAAUGAAACUACUCUGAAAAAAGACAACUUGAGAACAAACCGAUCUAACAGUAACUACAUUUCAAUAAAGGGAGACUGACUUAGGUUUACACUGUGAUGAUUAUGUGCUCCUUUUAUUUAUAUUGAGCAGUGUAUUCUGUGCAAUAAUCAGAUGUUCUGCAUGUUUUGGAGGAAAAUAAAGUGAAAUGUAUAUCACAACAUUCUUGCCUGGAAAUGCACGCUGUUCUGAGAGAAAUUUAGAGCUAACACUGAUUGGUUUGAUUUGUGUUACAACUACAAAAUACCUCAAGAACACUUGGAUUAAUCCAACCUUUUUUCAGCCUGUGCUUCGUUUCGUGCCCCAUGUGCUUAGGGACAACAAAAUGCAGCGAGACAUCCCCAAUCUCGUGCUUUCACUAAUCAUCAUGAGGUUUAUUUAUCUCAACUGUUAUCUUUCUCACAGACAUUUCAUAAAAAUUAUCUAUAACAUACCAUGUUGAUAAAUAAUUAUUUUAACAUCAACGAAAACACUUUAGAAAUUUUAACGUUUGUGCCUGUCAUGCAUGCAGGUUGUUAUAGUUGGUCUUGCUCACUUCCUUAAUUUUAGCCUAAUUUUUCUAUAUUUUAUAAGCAAGCAAUUCUUUACUGAAUUUUACCUCAGAAUAAGUUAUAUAUAAGUUAUAUAAUAAGUAUUUUUAUUUUGAUUCCGUUAUCAAUUGACCCAUAACUGGAACAGGAUACAGAAGACUAGCAAAGGUACAUAGCCUGCACUGCUCAAUUCUACAGGAGCCCCAGCAGAGGACACUCACAUUGGAUAUAAACACAGGGCUAAGUGGAAAGCCAACAGAAUUAGGUUACAAAUUGUAUUUGCACAAUCAAAAUGGCCAAAUAUUGACAAAAUAUGCCACCUGAUGACAUGAGAUAGCAACCUUAAUUACAUAUAUUUCAAAAUUAAGAGCAGAAACUGUCAUUCAUAUGACAACAGUGCUCUCAACAACCUGUAGUUUAUUUUGAUUAUUAGUAAGUCGUAACAGAUGAAAUGUUCUGUGAUGCAGAAAUUGCUGCAAAGAUAAGGCUAUGUGUCAGGGAUAGUUUGAGCUAAGCUGAGGCAGUCCUUUGAGGUACUGUGUACUUUGUAUAAGUGUGUCAACUAUCUAAAAUCAACAUAUCUGUAAAUAUUUGACGCCCAAGUUAAACAGUGUCCUCAGAAGUCAUACUAACACAUAACAAUCUGAAAUCUCCUUUGAACACACAGUGAGACUGAUAAGAAUAAAGAUAGUAGUUACGUAUUAGAUAUGAUAAGCCCAAAAACAACGAGAAAGAGAAAAAUAAAGAAGGCACAAUAGAAACUGUGAGGUUGGUGUCAUCAGCAUAAAAGUGAAAAUCAAUGCUGCGUCUGCCGAUCCCAUGUCCAAGGAGCAACAUAUAAAUUGUAAACAGCAGUGGUCUCAGAACUAACCCCUGAGGCACCCCAGAGAACAAAUUAGCUCUGGAUGACUAUGAGUUUCCGACAGCAACACUGAAAGACCUCCCAGUUAAAUAAGAGUAAAACGAAUUAAAAACUGAACCACGAACAUUAAUUCCAGAGUUAAACACAUUGCAAUAAAACCAAGUGGUCAACGGUAUCAAGGCAGGUGGUGCUGAUAGCCUAGCGAGUUAGACGCCCCACGUACUGUUCAUGCUGUUGCUGUUUAAGCCUAGGGGGAAAAACCUUCAUGGUUUGGAUGGAACCUUUCUCUGGUAAAGGCAGUGGAGAGGUUCAUCAAGAAAUUGUCAAUAAAAACCCAGUUUUACAACCCAAGUCUGCUGAAGCGAACACUGCCAUGCCCGAGAUAGGCAAGCUAACAAGAGAUGAACAUUUUUUCUCAUAUGAUAUCAAGAUGCCAAAGAGACGAAUACAGUCACCAUUCAAAAGUUCGGACUGCUGAUAGGUGAUGUUGUACAUGCCAAAGUGAAUGAUAAGUUUCUGCAAAGAGGAGUGUUCCGAGCCAGAGGGGGAGAAAGGCUAGAAUGAACCUCACCUUGGCACCAGGGGCCUAGUCUGUAACAGAGCAUUUUAAGCAAAUAUUCCUUGCAAUGGAAUCUGCAAUGAUAAGUGUGGUUGGAGGGGGAACACUCUGCGGUGGAGACUUUUGUUGGGCAUAUCAUUAUUAUCAUAUUAGUGCAAUAUUAACAGCAUCAUACCGUCACCUUUGAAUCCAAAUAUUGCACAGGUAAAACCAGUUUUACCAUAAAUGAGUGAACAACGGUGCAAGUAUUAUGCUCCACCAUGUCUGCAGAUUUAAAUCUACAAAUUUGUUUCCUCACUAUGACCCUGAGAUUUUAAAGGCAGGUCAAUGGCCUCAUGUAGAAAAAAAAUUAACUUGAGAGGUGAAACUAAGGCUGUGUCUCAUUUCAGAGACCGCAUCGACCUAAGUGCCCUUCUGCGCCGUCGAACGGUGCAUUUGAAGCGUGCAUGACGUCACGACGGUGCGAACGGUGUCCCGUUUGGCACGAGAUGCUAAAAAAUGCUAAGCGCGCUUAGCAUGUUUUCAAGCGUGCAUUUAUGCACGCUUUCGUGCCGUCGGUAUCCCAGAAUGCUUUGCGUGCCGCUGCACAGCUGCGCAUUUCAGGUGAGAGGCUGGACUCGCUUGGAGACGCAGCGCGUCUUCAAAGAAAUUUGUAAAUUUAGGAGAAUCAAGUCAUAAAGUAAAUAGCAUAGUAAAAAGUACUAUGAAAAGUAAAGUAAAAAGUAAAGUAAAAAGCAAUAGCAAUGUUUUUGAUAGUUGUAACACAGCGGAUAAGUUCGUCUCUAAAUCUAUAAUGUUUGGUUUACAGAUUUUAGUGAGUUCAGAGAUCAUGCUCUCAUACAGCCUGAGCUGACUGUCUGCUGUUUUUGGAUUGCUUGUAUUUUCUUCGAAGACGCGCUGUGUCUCCAAGCGAGUCCAGCCUCUCACCUGAAAUGCACAGCUGUGCAGCGGCACGCAAAGAAUUCUGGGAUACCGACGGCACGAAAGCGUGCAUACAUGCACGCUUGAAAAAGAGGCGGGGAUAGUGUGGUUUUGAGACCGAAUUUGAAGCGCGCUUAGUAUUUUGUGCCAAACGGGACACCGUUCGUGCCGCGUGGUGACCUCACGUACGCGUCAGAUGCGCCGUUCGAUGGCUGCUGUAUCUGAAAUGGGACACAGGAAGGGCACAGAACGGCGCAAAACUGCACAAAACGCCGCAAAACGGCAGUGCACUCAGCUAAGCGCCGUUAAGCGCGCUUAUCACGAUGCGGUCUCUGAAAUGAGACACAGCCUAAGUCAUGACCCCCUCAAACAGGCUAGGAAUAUCUUUAUACUUGAUCUACAGAUUCUUUCAUGUUCUAUAAAGCAGAUACCUUUAAAAAUGCAGUGGCCUCAAUGCAGACUGCACAGGCCAGUGUUGGAUGGUAUGGAGAGUGUUGCAACAUUAAAGGCAAUUUGAAGGCCAUGUCUCAGCAAUGAUUUUAGCUGAAAUGAGUCAAUAAUGAAGUGCACUUUGUUUAUCUGUGUUGACCUGUUCAUGGCCAUCUACAACUGUGUCAAUAUGUCUGUAAAUGUUUGAUUCCCAAGUUAAACAUUGUCCUUAAAAGUCUUCCAAUGCAACAAAAGAAUUAAGAUAGCAGACAGUGAAAUAAAUCUAGUAUUCUUAUUCUGAUUCUGUUAUCAAUUUAUCUAUUACUGGGACAGGAUACCAAAGACCAGCAAAGGUACAUAGCCUGCACUGCUCAAUUCUACAGGAGCCCCAGCAGAGGACACUCACAUUGGAUAUAAACACAGGGCUAAGUGGAAAGCCAACAGAAUUAGAUUACAAAUUGUAUUUGCACAAUCAAAAUGGCCAAAUAUUGACAAAAUAUGGCACAUGAUGACAUGAGAUGGCAAGUGGAAUCCCAAACACUGCUACACCAGUACAAAAGUAUAAUGACAGCUGAAACAGAAAUUCCAAAGGUCUUAACCAACUUAUUAAAUAGAUCAAUACAGAUUUGUUUUUUGCUCUUUAAAGCAGAUAACAUCCAUAAAUCUACCAAACACUGGACAACAGUUUUAGGGAGAGUUACCAAACUUAUAUUUUCAUACUUAAGACUUAAAGACAUGAAGUACAGUUCAGAAAAACAACAUUGAUGAUGUCUAACCUUAAUUACAUAUAUUUCAAAAGUAAGAACAGAAACCUUCAUUCAUAUGACAACAGUGAUUUUAUUACAACUUUAUUCUUGUAAGGAAUGAUUUUAUUAGGACUUUAUUCUUGUAAUUGAUUAUUUUAUUACAACUUUAUUACCAUAACCAUGAUUUCAUUACGACUUUAUUCUUGUAAGUAAUGAUUUUAUUAGGACUUUAUUCUUGUAAUUGAUUAUUUUAUUACAACUUUAUUACCAUAACUAAUGAUUUCAUUACGACUUUAUUCUUGUAAGUAAUGAUUUUAUUAGGACUUUAUUCUUGUAAUUGAUUAUUUUAUUACAACUUUAUUACCAUAACUAAUGAUUUUAUUACGACUUUAUUCUUCUAAGUAAUGAUUUUAUUAUAACUUUAUUCUCGUAAGUAAUUACUUUAUUUUGAUGUCAUUCUCCUAAAUUUAUGGCUUUAAUGUCGAACUCCUAUUUAUUUAUUUUUCGUAUUUCAAGACUUUUGACAUGUUUUUGUUGUUGUUGUUGUUGUUGUUGUUGUUUUGAGACAGAUUUUGAAGGUCUGUAGAUCAAAAUACAAAGGGUUUUGGGGUUCCCAAUAAUCCUCAAUCAGCAAAGUCAAAGGACGGAAAAUCACCUAGAAUAAUUUGUCUACAAUAAAAAUUAUUAUUAUUAGAAAUAACUGCUAGUCCACCUGCUCUAACAGAGAGUCUGGGCGUGUUAAAAAAAGUAAGAUAGGGGGAGCUGAUUCAAUCAAAGGGACAGACUCACCAACAGUUAGCCAGGUUUCAGUCACCAUUAAAAACAAAUCAGCGUGUUGCAUCUGACAAAAUCCGUAACAGAUUUAUUGGACAGGGAUCUUGUGUUUAACCAAGUUUUUUAAAAGGUCAGCGGAGGUGGGAAUUGAAUAGAAAAUUAUUAAGUGAUGAGGGUUUGUGCGAUUAGUACUGUUCUGUUCUUGAGAGCAUUAAACGUGUGACUGCUGAGAUAACGGGAAAGAUCUCACCUGUAGUUACAUAAAACAGGGAUAAAACAAGCGGUCGCUUCAGAGUCUGCUGAAGAUGCUCAGAAAAAUUGACUAGUGACAAUGUCUUACUGUAAUCGCAUCAAAUUCAACAGUAAGAAAACUUCAUUCAUGCAAGAGUAAUAUUCAGAAUAACCUCAAGUUAUUUUUGAUUAUAACCUGAACACAGACGGCAGUAUUGGAUGGUAUGGUAUGGAGGGUGUUGCAGUAUUAAAGGUAAUUUGAAGGCUACGUGUCAGCAAUGGUUUUAGCUGAAAUGAGUCAAUAAGGAAUUGUGUACUCUGUUUAUCUGUGUUGACCUGUUCAUGGUCAUCUACAACGAAGUCAACAAAUCUGUAAAUGUUUGAUUCCCAAAUUAAACAGUGUCCUCAAAAAUCCUCCAAUACAACACAAUCUGCAAUCUCUUUUGAACCUACAGUGAGAUUGAUAAGUAGUUGAAUAUCACCCGACUAUCUUUGGUGGACAAAAUGAAAAACAGCAACAGCUCCACAAUGACUAUUAAUCGCACUCACGUAUACUCAGUUAUGGAGGAUUACAAAACACGAUGAUCAAAAACGACACUGCUGUGUAGCAACAGAGUCCUGUCUGUGUUUAAUGCAGUGCUGUCUGAGAGCCUGAAGAUCAGGACUGUGGAUGAUAAAAUCAACUCAUUUUUGCAGGGCUCUGCUCAGACACGUUGUUUCCUAAUGCGGUCUCUAAAGGAGAGCUAAACCCCUUCCCCUCUUUACUUCCCUGAGACUCGGCCUCUCUAAAAUGCCCUUAUCUGGUUGUUUACUGUCCUUUCUAAAAUUCCUGAAUCAUAUCACUGACAUUGGAUAUAAAAUCGGCGGACUCUUUAUGAGAAAUAAUAGGAAGUUGUUGUGGCAUCAUUGACUGUCAUCUUGACUCAAUUGUCAAAGAAAUAAGGAUUUUAAAAACCUGCAAAUAAACAAAAACUGUUUCUACAGCUCGAUGUCCUACAUUUUCAGAAUUGGGUUUAAACUGUGUUCUUGAUUUAUUUUCCAAACAAGCCUGACAGAUAGUCAAUAAUAAAAAAUGCCCCAGUGGUAAUAGACAUCAGGAGCUGACCAAUAUGAGGGGAAAUGAAACAGAUUUUAGUCCAGCUUCAUGCCAGUAUGACAUUUAUUGACCCUUUAAGUGACUGACCUCAGGAUGGUGUGUGGAAAUUCAAAGAUGGAGUAUGUUUCUACAUGUCUGUGUGAUCUGCCUCAGUUUGUCUCUGUUUGCUGCCUGAAGGUGUCCUGUGAUAAACUGUCCUGUCUUUUAUACCUGCACCCUGAACAGCAGGGGCACGUUCACAAUUAUGCAAAUAUUUGAUGAGCAACCAAACAGUGUCCUUGGAAAUCUGGCCAAUUUGCUCUGAGUAUGGACUGGAAGAUCUCUUAUCUGACCCUGGUCCAAAAGUAGUUUGGCGCCUGAAUGCAGACUGUGUGUUGGAUGGCCUGUGGGCUGCUGCAGUGAUUCAAGUUUCACCAAAUCGAGUCGGGGCUUUGAGGAACUGCAUGGAAUUGGUUUGGGUUUCCAAGAUUGAGUCAACACGUCUGUCAAUGUUUAAUGCCCAAAUUAAACAGUACGCUUGAAAAUCAUGCAAUCUGUUUUGGAGCCAGCGAGAGACAGAUAAGAGACAGAGUAUCAGCCAACCAGCCUAUCAGGCCGUUAAAAAUCACAGUCAGCUGGAAAUCGACGGUGAAGGGAGUACGAAGAAAGUCAUUUCACACUUUGUCUGCUCAAAGGUGACAAUUACUGUCUGUGAGGAGGUUAGGAUCCAAACAUGGAUGUGGUCAUGUGAUGUCGUCAAACUGUGAGUGCGUCCGUCUAAACUUUAGAAAUACUCAUCAGAAGCUUUGUGGUUUGGUCAGGAGCUGCUUUCAGAUACUGGGAACUUGGUAAUCAAUCUAUUGAUCUGACCCCGACUAUCACAGCAUCAGUGUCAUUUAUUACAGUAAGCAGGAUCAUUCAGUUCCCAUCCUACUCAGCUUUGAAAUAUGACUAAAACUGUAAUGUUUACAGGAGAGUCAGGGGACGGGCAGGGGUUCAACUAUAUUCAGAAUCAGAACCAGAAUCAGAAUACUUCAUUUAUUUUCAGUGCAUCUUCAAUAUCUAGUCGGGAUAAGUGUGCCUAGUGUUGGGAUGGGUGACGUUGGCUGACGGUUCAUCAGACUUUAGAGACUUUGUGAAGACUCUCCUGCAGAACCAUCAGGACUGUUCAGGUUCUGAGGACCUUUAGGAGAAGAUAUCAGAGGGAGUCAGCAGCAGCAGCAUGCGCCACAGAGCCGCAGACCGUAAUAUCUCAGUGACAUUUGUGAGGAUAAGAUUCACGAUAUCAGCAAAUACAGACCAACGAGAAAACCGAGGUUUUCUGGAUAUAAAGAGCUCAUUUAAACUUUAACUUAUUUUUAUUAACAAUCUUCUUGUUUAUGAUUUAAUAGAAAUAUCAUUUAUAACUUAACUAUGUUUUAUGUUAUAAGUUAUAAUGCUUCAUUCAUAUAUAUAUAUAUAUAUGUCUCUUUUUUCUUAAUUCAUGGCCACCUGCUGGUCGUUUUAUCGUACUUACUUACCUGUUUAUCUUCAUGAUGCUGCAACAACCAGUCAACAGGAACUGUGGGAUUUUGUCUCGUUUUUUAUUUUAUUUUAUUUUUAUUAAUUUCAGUAAAAAUUAUUGUCACAAAAAUGAAUAAAGUCUGCGGAUUAAAAGCGUCAAACACCAGCAGGAAGUCUGUUUCCUUUUCUUUUAGUAGUAAAACGAGAAACUGUGUACUGCGGUCCCUGCUGGGAGCUGAAUUGAAUUUCCCUUUGGGGAUCAAUAAAGUUCUUCUUUUUCUUCUUCUACUUCUGUAUGUAACUACAUCUGUACAUGACACAUGGAUCAUCCAUCCCAUUAUGUAAUAUCACACGUUUCCAUCGUGCUGCACCAUAAAGGGAUUAUAAAAAUACCUGUGAGUUGAAAAAUGUGCACGAAGGAAAACUCAGGAAAUAAAUAAAAAUAGAGAUAUGUUUGGAUUUCAGUCCCAACACAGAAGUUUGUCUCUGAAAUAGAAACUGGACUCAGUGCUGGUAUCAAACCCCAGAUGAUUGACAGCUAAAGGUCCAUUUGUUCUGAUGCUGUCACCUUUUCUGACCAGAGCAGAUUGUAGAUCAGUAUGAAUGUUUAUUUAACAGGUCCGGACAGUAGACUUUCUCUAUAUUUGUUCAUCAUGAGCCAAGGACGGGUCAACAAGUGUUCAUGUUUGAUGUAGACCAAACAGUGUUCUUGGAAAUCCUACAAACACAGGUCACUAUCCUUACUAACCCACAAUGGGACAGGUUUGGAAUAAAAUCCGAGAUAAAUGAAUAAAUAUAUAAAAACUGAUGUCUCAGAAAAAAGCUUUAAUGUCAGAAGCCAGAACUCUAGGAGCUGAACCAUGAGCGAGGCGGUUCUGGAGUCAAGCUUGGUCUGGUGAUUUUGUCCAGCUCACACCUCAAACUCUGCUCUGCUCCAGGACCGGAUCUAAGUAUGGACCCUUUCACGAUGCCCACAGUUUUUCGACAUUUGCUCUUGACCUCUGACCUUAAACAUGUUCCUGGUUUGAAGGGGGUUAAAAUGUGAGAAGGUCUGGAUGGUAGCAUUUCUCCGAGGUGAGUCAGGACGUGUGACCUGAACUCAAAGAUAUCAAUAUUAAGACUGUUAUGUAGACAUUGAGGGGGGAUAUAUACAGGAUUAAACACAGUUCUGUCCCUCCACAGGUCCUGAACCAUGAUUGGAACCACAAACUCAAAGUUCAGCAUUUAUUUACAAUGUGUGAAAAUGUACAACCGUAAAAAUGGAGUAAACAACAUCUCAGGGUGAUCCAACGCCUGAAAAGGACAACAAAACAGCGUUCUCUUUUUAAACACAACCUUACCUCGAAACGUCCAACCUAAAAGUGAAAUCAGCUGUUCACCCCAAACUGCUCUCAACGCAAGUUACAAAAACUUUAUUUCCAAUCAAAACACAGAAAUUAAAGUUUUUAUGACGUUGAAGACCAAACCAGCUGCUGCUGUUAGCGAAGCCGCCGCACAGAAACAGCCCCACCAUUUUAAACAAGAGGACGCAGACCGCUCCACCAAUCAGAUCAUUCUCCCUCACUGCUCCUCCUCCCAGCCAAUCACUGGCCUCCACCUGCCACACACACACACACACACACACACACUAAUGCGCCCACACAGAUCCACAAAACACACAGAGCACUCACUCCAACACAAACACGGUGAGGUCAAAAACACACAAUAUCCCACCAGAAGUAGAGUCAUAGUGCCACCCUGUGGAGAAACAUGGUACUGUCUUUUUGGUCUCAACCUGAGCUCAUCCUUGUGUCCGUUUUGGUCAUGGUAACAGUGACCCCUAUGGGACACCACCAGUAUUGUUUACAUUUAUACAAAAACAAUGAAAGAUAAGGAACUUUUUAACAAACUAAAAAAAUAGAGACUUCUCCAGUACUUCUGGGGGAAACUUUUUUUUGAACUGGAAAAAUGUCCCGUCCUUUACGGUUCGUUUAUGUGGGUGUAUUUAAUGUUCUCACUGACCUGCACUGAUUGUGAAUCCUGACCUGGAUCCAAAAGCUGUGGGACCGUCAUCAGCGGCGUAUUUGUCAAAGCUUCAGAAACUGUUUGUCUUUCCAGAAAGAGUCAGACUCUGAUGAACUGAGAUUUGUUUUUUUGUAUGCUGGACUUUAAGGACAAGUAAACAAAUCUGUAAAUGUUUGAUACACAAGCCAAACAGCUUCCUUGAAAACACAGAACAUCUGGAGUCACCUGUUGUAGCUCACAGUGAAACAAUGUUGGGGUGAAAUAUCGCUAACUCAACCCUGACCGGUAAAAUAAAAACAGCCGGUGAAAAAACGAUGUCAUGAGCAGCUUCUAUAAAAGCUGUUUCCUGCUGAGGUGCCAAAUCAGUCAGCUAUCAUUCAGAAAAUCUUCCCUACGCUAACCUCCCUGCAGCAUGAUGAGCCUGCAGCCCGGCAGCCUGUUUUUGAGUAGCUCUGCUCUGACCAUAGAAGACUGCAGACGCUUGAUCACCCCUUUAUCUACUUUUAAACCGGUAAGCCCAUUUGGGAUUUGAUAUUUGGACUAGCAUUAAAGACUGAUAACAGUAUUCAGUUUGGGGGUGCUUCAAAGUUUAGCCGACUAUAAGUGUCCUUAACGCCACUCUGUAAAACCAGGACACUCAGACUUUGAUACUGAAUGCUGCUCCUGAUUCAGGUUGGUGCUGAUAAAGUCCUGAGGCUGGGCAUGCUGGUGGAAAUAACAAAAACCGUGUCUGACCUGCUGAGUGAUUGUGUGCAGAUGUACGGGAGGUGGAACUUUAUAAUGGGUUACACUGAUAAUAACAUUUUUGAUGCCAUGUUGAGGUCAACCCAGAGCAACUGGAUUACAUUCACUCAGUCAUCGUCCAAACCCAAUCAGUUUGUUGAGGAUGUCGGGAUCAAGCUGUGAGUAUAAAACAGGAACAGUCUAUUAGUGUGUCAUAUGGUAACUUAAUAAAGUAAACAUUUAAGCAAAGACUGAAGGAAUCACCUGAAAAUAAGAUAGACAUGAGCAAGAGUCUCUCUACAACAAACCGGACUCAUCUUUUAUUGUUGUUACUGACUCUUUGACUUACUGAUCACGCCAUCCAGAUCAACCAAUAUGCAGACGCAUGCCUCUUUUGUCGCUCUUAAGUACUCUUGAAUCGACCACAAAGCAGCAGCUGAAGUAAAUUUAAAGGUUUUCAUUACUUUACCUCCAAUGCCUGUCAUCACUGACACAGAGAUUCCUAACUAACCUAGCCAACACUUUCUAGUUAUUCAACAGUGCAGAAUCUGGGUGCUGGGGAGGUACAGGGCGGCUUGAAUAAGUCCCUCAUUUCUCAAAGGUUUGUUCGAGAUGUGACACAAAUCAAACCUGUUUUCAUUCCCUUUAAAGGGAUAUUCCGGAGUAAAAUUAAUUUAGGGUCAAACACACCGCAACACCGAGUUAGACCCCCCCCCCCCCCCCGAGAUGAAUGUUGCCGACUGCUUGCUUCUCUAGUUAUAUCAACUUUAGUAACGGCCGCAGGAUAGCAAUACACAGCAGUCUGAGGAGUCAUAAAUAAUCCUAAACCAAAAAGCCACUCUAUAGCCACAAAUAAUGCUCAGAACAGCACCUAACUUCAUCAACAGUACACAUAGGGUCACAGACAUAGUACUAGCCACCAAACAUAUUUUUAACUUUGACUAAUUUCUUUAGCAAAGAGACUAAACACAACUCACCCACUCUCUUCCAGCUGCCGUUUGUUUGUAGUAAGACCUCAAGCCAGUCCAUUAUGGACCACAGCGGGGUGAUGCAGCUCAAGGAAGAACAUUUAUGAUCAUUUCUUCAUGGAAAUGCAAUCAGACCAAGACACUAAGGCAGAAGAACUACUGCAUCUGCAGUGCAAAAUGAUUAUUAUGGUGAUUAUUACUUCAAGGAAAUGAUAAAGAAAUUAUCAUAAAUGUUCUUCCUUGAGCUGCGUCACCCCACUGUAGUCCGUAAUGGACUGGCCUGAGGUCUCGCUACAAACAAAUGGCUGCAGGUAGAGAGUGGGCGAGUUGUGUUUAGUCUCUUUGCUAAAGAAAUUAGUCAAAGUUAAAAAGAUGUUUGGUGGCUAGUACUACAGCUGGGACCCUAUGUGUACUGUUGAUGAAGUUAGGUGCUGUUCUGAGCAUUAUUUGUGGCUAUAGAGUGGCGUUUUGGUUGAGGUUUGUUUAUGGCUCCUCAGACAGCUGUGUAUUUCUAUCCUGCGGUUGUUACUAAAGUUGGUAUAACUAGAGAAGCAAGUGGUCGACAACAUUCAUCUCUGGAGGGGGUGUCUAACUCUGGGUUACGGUAUGUUUGACCCUAAAUUAAUUUUACGCCGGAAUAUCCCUUAAAUGUCCAGAAUUAUUCAUCGGCUCAUUUUAAACGAGGUUUAAACUAAACGGUUAAAGGUGUGAAACCAGAGAACCUGGAGGAUUAUUAAACUCCUAACAGAGAUAGUCUGAUCUAAUCCCGGACCUCCCAAAGGCAGAUUUAAGUCCACAUUUCUUUCUUGUCUUUCCCAAGAUCUGGAUACUGCAAGUACGCAUCUGCUGUCAUAACUAUUGUGGGCAACUAAGCUAUAUCUCAAAGUAAGUAAUCUGAUUGGACUUGAUUCUGAAGAUGUACAUAAACUUUGUCUCUUUAGUAUUCAGACUAUUUGUAAAAUAGUAAAAAUCUUGUUUAUGAAGAACAAUAUGAAGCAAAAUGUAAGUGCAGAAAUGUAGAAUAUCAGUGGUGAACCUGGUGGUGAGUUUCUUAUCCGAGGACUUAAAGUGUGAUGGGAAUGUUAAAAGGCUACAUCCAGAGACCUCUGCAAUUCCAUCAGAAUUAUGAGAGUCUGAGUCUGGGAACCGGAUUAGCCUACAGAUGAAAAUCAUGUCCUUUUUCUUUGUUCUUAUCCUCAGAGUCCAACUUCACAUGUACGUUUCACUCUCUGCCGACCUGUAAAGACUGUCUACUCUACAGCGUCAACAGUAUAAACAACAACUUCUUCCAUUAUGUGAUGAAUAUCAGCAACCCAACAUCCAAGGACGAGAUCAAAGACUAUCGGGCCCUUUACCUUAUGGGUAAGAUCACCAGAUCAGAACUAAGCCUUUUGGUUGGUUGGUUGGUUGGUUGGUUGGGUGGGUGGGUUGUUGGUUGGUUGGUUGGUUGGUUGGUUGAUCCGUUUUCUGCUCUGUUUGGUUUUCCAGCCAGAGACGUCUAUCUCGGACUCAGACCUGGAACAUUUUAAGAAGCAGGCGAGAUGCCUUGGUUUCACAGGAAAAUCAGACUUCUUCUACGACCCCAGGAAUGGUGCGUCACCUUUGACCCUGUCCGAUAAAACCAUGUGUUUGAGACAUGUCAGAUCUCAUUUCUGUCUCUCCUUGUAUCCACAGAGUUCUGCAAUGAAGGCCUGAAAAGUUAGGAACAAGGAAGUCCUCAGACCAAACCCCUGGACAAAUACUCCGAGCUGAUUUGUAUUUUUUAGUCAUAAACUGAAAUGAAACUUUGAAUAUAAAAAAACUGUGGACAUUUAUUUUGAAAUGUAACAAAUAUGGAGAGGUGUGGAAGGGGUUAGGGGGAGAAACAUGGUUUCAGGUAAAAUGCAUACAGGUGUACACAGGUGUAAACAGAUAUGUACAGGAGUACACCGAUGUAAACGGGUAUAUGCCGGUGUACACAGGUGUAUACAGGUAAGUACAGGUGUGUACAGUUGUAUACAGGUGUAUAAUGGUGUAAACUAACAAAAACAAUUGAUCUCAGUGCAGCUAAAAUGAGAAGGCAGAUGAAUUUCUAUGUGUUUUUUUUUUUUUUAGUUGAAAAAUCUGAUCAAUAAAAAUGUUUUAAAAAUCAUGGAUCCAAAGUAUGACCGAAGACUCAUAAAAAACCUUCAGAGGUCACGUCGUCUCAGGGGUGUGUGUACCUUUGCUAUGAACAUAACAUGUCAUGGUCAUGGUCUCACUUCACUGUUAAUGAAUAGGUUCAGUUUCAUAUGAAUUUCUCUCCCAAAGAAGCAGCUGGAGGUCCUACAGGCUGUUCAAGAGGAACUGUUUUCACUUUUUCAAUUAAUAAAAGAAUCUUUGAAACAUACUGUGUCAUACUGUUACUGCUGGUCAACUACAAAGUGGAAUAAUGUACCAAGAACACGUGGAUAUGUGAAUCAAGAAGCUGGGCAGAGAUAACGAUGAUCCAAAACAAACUGAAAAUGGAUUUAAAAACCGAUUUCAGGUACCAAUUAAGGUAUUUAACACUGCGUAAAUGUCCACAUCCAGACAGACUGCAGGUAGAAAUAAAGAGGGUUAGGGAUAGUUGAAUCAAGCUGCAGAAGAACUGUUGAUGAGUUGGUCAGUCGUGGGGUUAUGUUUAAUGACGGCGUGUUAUUCUGAAUACAGUUGAAUCAAAGCUCAUGCCAUGAGAAGCCCUCAUGUCUGUUUAUCUGAGGAUUAAAGUCCGUUAGAGGGCGGACGCUUUGAGAUGCUGUUAAAGUUAGUGUUUCCUAGAUUUACCUGCCCUGACCCUGUCCAGACAGCAAGUCAGAGAGCAUCACAUUUCAGUUAAAAGAACAUCACAAAACUGCAGAUGAGAAAACUGUUUUAGAACUGCGUGGGUAACAGUGUGAAUUGAGGAGUUAUAAAAAGUCGAUUCAUCAUAAAAAUCAUAGAAAAAGUGUUAUCGGGGUGUCAGUCAAAGAAGAUGUAAAAAUGUAGUCUGUCUGUGCAUGUGUGACAGAAAGAGAGAGAGAGGGAAAAAACAGUUUUAAGAGAAAGGAAGAGGUGUAGAGAAAAAUAGAGUCCAUGGAGUCUGUUUUAGGAUUUAACAGUCAAAUGGGUUCAGAGAGUUCCUGUUUCCAUCAUUGAAAAAGAGUUAAAUUAUCAGGAAGUGUAAAGAGCAGAUAGAAGAAGAUAAAAAGAGACAUCUUCAGAUGAGAGGAAGAGUUUAGAAGUUGAGCCAUUAAAAUCCCACAAAGUACAGAGGAAGAACGGUGACAAUAAAGAACCAAGAGAAAGGAAAAGAGGAAGAGACUGCUCCACAGACUACAUGUAGACCAGUUAGACCCACAGUCAGAACUGAUCCAGAUCCUCUGUCCCUGUUUGAAGUGGUUCCUGAAGAGAUGCCACAACAAAUGGGGUGGUUUUCAUCCCCCUCUCAGCUUACUGCCUGGCACUCCUGGAAAUGUAAGAAACUGCAGGGAGGAUGUCAGACCCUGAGUGUUGGGUUCAGCUGUGUUAAAAAUGUCCAGGGUUACAGUAGACCUGAAUAAGAAUAGUCCUGGGUUACAGAAGUCUUGGGUUACAGUAGACCUGGAUUAGAAUAGUCCCGGGUUAAAGAAGUCUUGGGUUACAGAAGUCCCGGGUUAAAGAAGUCCCGGGUUAAAGAAGUCUUGGGUUACAGUAGUCCUGGGUUACAGAAGUCCCGGGUUAAAGAAGUUGUGGGUUAAAGAAGUAUUGGGUUACAGGAGUCCUGGAUUAGAAUAGUCCCGGGUUAAAGAAGUCUUGGGUUACAGUAGUCCUGGGUUACAGAAGUCGUGGGUUAAAGAAAUUUUGGGUUACAGUAGUCCUGGGUUAAAGAAGUCCCGGGUUAAAGAAGUCUUGGGUUACAGUAGUCCUGGGUUACAGAAGUCGUGGGUUAAAGAAAUUUUGGGUUACAGUAGUCCUGGGUUACAGAAGUCGUGGGUUAAAGAAGUUGUGGGUUAAAGAAGUAUUGGGUUACAGGAGUCCUGAAUAAGAAUAGUCCUGGGUUACAGAAGUCUUGGGUUACAGUAGACCUGGAUUAGAAUAGUCCCGGGUUAAAGAAGUCUUGGGUUACAGGAGUCCUGGGGUGAACACACAGUUUAUUUUUGAGAUUGUGGACCAACGAGUACUCGUCCAUGAACCUGUAAACCAAAGCUGCCCCCAUUCAAAAACUGAUGGUCUUUAUAUUCAGGUCUAGUCCUGGGUUACUAUAAAUUAAUGAGACCCGGGUCUAGUGAACCUGGAGCUGCAGUAAAGUGUUGGUUCCUGUUGUUGCAUCUGUUCGGAUUUAUGAACAGGACUGUUGGAGUAUUUCAGUGAUCAGCUGUUCAGGUUCAGGGACAGUCCACCAGUAUCAGAAGCUGCUGGAGGACAAUUUCAUUUAUUUAGAUCUCCGUUAGCUUUGGCUAAGGCCAUCGCUCUUCUUCCUGGAGUCUACAUUUAAAAUUAAGUCUCCAUCGCAGUGCAGAGACACACACACACACACACACACAAAAAAAAAAAAAAAAAAACGCCACAAACACAAAGACAACGUCAAUAACCACAACAACUCACAACAGCCUACAAGACAAAAACAAAACAACAAAACUAGAACAAUACAAACUUCAAACACAUGUUACUGGAUCUGAUUUCCACAGUGCUGCUUUCUGAAGUAAUCAGAUGUUUAAAUAUCAACACUCCACAUAAUUGAAUUAAUUUGCAGAAACAGUACCCAAUACUUACGCAGACUUCAGAUAUUUCAAGUGAAUCAGACGAACACUGAUAGAUUGUACAAAGCUUCAUCUAAAUAAGGAGCUGUUUGACUAAUAAAUGUUCUUUUAAUGGAUCGUUAAAUCUGUAUUUGUUGUGUUCUUGGAUAAUAUGUCCUGGUAGAGAAGUCCAUAUCACCAUGGCCCUAUCCAUUACCGUUCUUUUCAUCUUGUUUGUGAAUUUACCCUCCGUAGCAUGUCUUGUUUUGUAACAGUGUUCAUCCGAACUAAAAGACAAACGAUCGUUAAGAACCCUUGGCAAUUUCAUCACAGAUGAUCUUCUAAUGAAAGCUGCUAAUGAGGCAGUAAAUCUGUUCUUGGUUCUGUAUGGACAGCAAGGUAAGUAUCUCGCUGCCUUGUUUUGAGCUAUUUGCAGUUUCUUUAUAAGUGAUGAAGCAGCGCACGACCAAACCUCUGAACAAUAAUCGAGGUGUGAUAACACCAGACUCUUGAUUACACAUUUUUUGUCCCAAACACAAUGCUGUUUGUCUUAGAGGCAUUAAGAACUAAUUUAUUAUCAGUUAUCCAAUUCACCACUACUUGAAGUUUCUGAUUAAAAACACUGCCAAGCUCAUCUAUUGUGGUUUUAGCUAUAUAUAUUGUCGAAUCAUCUGCAUAUAUUGACAUUUUUGUAUCUUUUAGGGUCAGUGGUAAGUCAUCCAUGAAAAUUGUAUAUAGCAAAUAUACCAAGACUGCUGAAGACCACCAGGCCGAGUUAUUGGCUCAUGGUCUCUAAGCAGCUCUUAAGAUCUCAGACCUUUUUUGGAGGGUUAAUAAAAAUCAGUGCAUGAGGGACUGAAGCACGUGAAGUUCUGCUGGAGCUAAGAAAUAAGUUCACUGUAAUGACCUGAAGUUUAGUUUGACUUUCAGAAAAGUUCGUUUAUUUGGUGUAAACUGAACUUUGUGCUCGCUGCAGAGAACUGACCUGAAGUAAAACUCAAAGAACCAGGAUUAGGGUUCUGAUUCACUUUUAUUCUUUUACAGGAGAAUCGGGAGGUGCAAAUCUGAUUCUGGUCCAGAUGGGUUGAUGAUGUUUGAUGCAGAAACCCUGAGGGACCAAACAGGUUCAAGUGUGAAACUGGUGGCAUUAUUAAUAUUUGUGAUAUGAAACAAAACAACAACUAAAAACCAGCAUUAGCGGAGACUGCAGACUGUCCUGCCAUGACUGGUUUUAUUGGGGAUGUUUGUGCAUUAUGAAAAGACAAGGACAGAUCAACAAAUCUGUAAAUGUUUGAUGUACAAUUCAAACAGUGUCCUCAAAAGGUCCUUCAAAAACAAAUCACCAAGGGUUCCCGUUUCAGCCUCAGGUGAGACAAGGUUGGAGCCCUCACACGACCGAGGGCAAAGAAAGAGAAACUGCUGACCCUGAAACCUUUGGUGUAAAUAACCAACAGGAGCUCUUGGGUGAGUGCCACAGGCGUCUUUCAUAAAAGCCGGACGCCUCAGCAAGGCUCCUAUCAUUCAGAGACAAAAAAUAUCUCAGAUCAGAUAUCUCCGAUCUACUCAAUCUCAAAGCUUUAGCAUCAUGAAACUGUGGUUCAGCAGUCUGCUCCUGUUGGUGGAGUUGUUCCUGAGCAGCUCAGGCACAACGUACGAAGAAUGCAAACCCAUGAUCACACCUAAAGCGACUUUCAAACCGGUAAGCUCUGCUCUGUUUCGGUCUGGGUCUGUAGGUCAGAUCGAGCAAAAGCUAUUUAAACUGGAUCACUUAUUAUUCUGAUUUUUAGCACCAGCUUUCACUUUCGAUUACUUUAAAUAUGAAACGAUACUGAAAAGAGUCACUCAGACAGGAAGUAAAUGAAGAUGAGUCUUAUUCCAUGUUCACCCCAAAGACAUGUCGACAGGACUGAAGAUACUUGAUCCUCUGAGACUGAGGAGGUUCUGAAAACCCCUCAGACUAAGGUGGUCUCACAGAAAGACCUUCUUACUUUUGAAUGAGCAGAAAGAGUCCAAAUCCAGACCCGUCCCUCAUACAAAUACUGGUGCUCGGUUGUGUUCAUGAAAGGUAUUUGUGUCUUCUCCUCUGACUCAGUGUUUGUUUGUUUGCAGGACAGUUCUGUGUUGGGGAAGUGGACCUGGAUCUUGGGUUAUUCUGAUAAUCCAGUGAACAGUGGGAUUUACAGCUCAAUCCACAGCAAAUGGGUCGAAUACAAAGCCAUUACGUCCGACCCCAAACACAUGAUCGAGGAUGAAGGGGUCCGGCAGUGAGUACUGACCCUGUGACUUUGGACCUUUCAUGUAACAUGGUAACAGGCUCCUAUUAAAAUAACUUCAUCUGAAUCAAUCACUACCUAGAUGACACUCACCUGUCUCCUUCAAAGCGCAGGGCCAGCUUACUCUUUAAGGGGCCAGGUUGGGAACUAAAUGAAUUAACCCUCGAACACUAUUGCUAGUAACACCAUCACUGUCGCCGGGUGAUUUUUAUCUGAAUAAUAUACCCAAGAAAAAGUACUUGUCAUCAAAAUAUAUCAAAAUAGGACGAUACAUGACAACUCAACUCAACUCAACUUUAUUUUUAACUGUUUAAUGUUCAGAGGGAGGGGGGGAGUGCAAUGAGGGGACCAUAUAAAAAUGCAACAAAAUAACUGAAAUCAGGCAUUCAUGAACAAAAAACUCUUAAAAAAUAUAGAUAUAGAAACUGUCGUCGUUUUCUUCCGCUUGCAUAGGAGGCCGGCCACGAGGUCUCCUCCCGGUGGGCCAAAAUGUAAACUUUGUUUCUUUUCCACCCAUUCCUGGGGUAUAUGAGUCUUCCCUGGUGAAGACUCAGGGUCCUCGGCACAAUAACAGCUGCAGGAGAGAGAACCAAAAUAUGGCAGAUUUGAAGUGAGUAAAAAUGACCAGCUGACUCAAAUAUUUCUUAUCACCAUAUGAAUCCCCUUGAAAAUCACUACUUUGUGAUAGUUAUUCAUAUCCACAGCGCUAAAUAAAGAUAGCAUGUGAAUUCCAGGAUCUCUCUUACUGACCUUAUUCCCUACAUGCCGCUCAGGGACACAAAUAUGCCUUCAAAGAUGUCAAAGGAAAUGCUGAAGCUACCCAGGGACCCAUGAUACUCAGACAAACGCAACAUCCUGAAAAUCACGUCAACAUGUUCGGUUGGGUGAAAAUCACCCGGCGAUAAUCUUCUAGGGUUUAAUGUCGUUCAUCUAGACUCUGCUCAGUACCUGUCUGCAAACAAAUGCAGACCAGAGAGUGUCAUCGUCAGUAGUAAUGCUACAGAGACUGAGGCUAACAGGUCACAGGUACGAAGUCAGUAUCCAAAGAUUGAACGACCAACCAAACUAUCAAACAGUCACAGGCAGAUAGAGGUAAGCCCAUUUUUCAGACUGGUUUUAAAGAACAUGAAGUUCCUCUCGUAGAAUUUCCCUCUGGUGUGUUUUCCUUUGAAUGUAGAUGUUCGGUGUAUAUGAGCUCUGUGUUUCUGUGCCCUCAAACUGAGAUUUUUUCAGACAGUGUUGUGACAAAUCAACAUAUACUCAGUAGAAGAAUGCAUAGGAGACAGGAUGAGAUCUGAAGAGCAGCCUGGGUGUCUUUAUUGUAGAAAUUGGUACAGAUGACAAACAGAGUCUCAACCAAACCAAGGGAGAGACGCUUUUCCCAUCAACUAUCCAAUUACCGGGAGAUCGUCCGAGGACAGGUCACACUGUUCUGAGAUUCACCCAUUGUUUAGAUUAUUCUUGGACUUCCUAGAAACGAUCUCUAUGUGUUUUGGCAACGCAAUAAGUUUUGGCUCCUGCAAAGCAGCCUGGGUUAUGCAACCUCAGGCUGCACAACCAGGCCUAACCCAACAUGUUUAUGAAUCCUUAAUACAGGAUAAUCACAUAAAUAUUCCUUGCAUUAACCUAUGGAUUCCACUACAACAGCAGAUGUGCUGCUUUUGUGUUGUCAUGGUGUUUGUCACAGUUUUCAUCGCCAUCGUUGUUGUCACAGCUGACUCUUCUUCCUUCUCUUUUUUUCAGCCCACUAAAUUGUAAGUUUGCGACGACCCCCUUGACCUUCGUUGACAAUUUCGCCAUAUCCCAAAGUAAGUGUCGGCUCUGUCGGCUCUGUUUUCAAUCCUGCAGCUUCUAACCAUUGUUUUCUAUGUUAGAUGUCAUUGAACAGAGGAGAGAGCUGUAACCGAAACACCAACUUUAUCUAAAUAACUUAAUUUUGGUCUUAUUAAGAGUGAAAGGGGUUUAAAGCUGUUUUUACUGACACUCCUGUUUCAGGAUGUGGUUCAGCCUCAGGAGAGGAUCAACUGAACCCUCCUAGGUUUAUAUAAACUGAGGAGGAUUUAUAAACUCAUUUUCUCUUUGUGUUCAAAUAAAACUGUUGAUCCAGAAUCAAGGACAAACCUGCAGGUUUGUUUAUUUUUCAUGAUUCCUCCUGUGUUAGGGUCUGCACUGACCCAUUAUUGUUUUAAAAUGCUUAAAUGAACCACUUAAAUCCGCUUUUAAGUGAGCCACUUACAAAUUUUUUGACUUUGUCAGGAACCUCUAUUUCAACAAAAUAAAAAUAAAAAAAUUAAGUUGACUAAAUUAUAAAAUGCUCUUAUUAAAAUGAUGGCACUUGUCGUGUUAGUGUCACUGUUGACCCGGUUAGAUCAAUAUCUAAUAAUUAGAGCAAAAACUGAAAUCAUAAGUGCACUGACAGUCAGAUCCUCUUCCAUUCAGGUGAGAUUUAGGAAAUUCUCAUUUUUCACGUUUUUCCUGCACAAAAAAACAAACAAACCGUCGAACAUGUCCAGACAUGUGAGAUCAGUUCAGUAUAGAUGUCUGUGUGAGGGGUACACUGACAAAGAAAGGCCCAGAGGACCUCAACUCAAAAUAUUAUAAUCAAUAUUUUCAUGGAUAAUCAAGCCGAACAAGGUAACCUCGAGAUUAGAACCAAACUGGAUGAUAGAGAAUUGUUUUGAGUGUAAUUUACAGCUGAUUUAAGACACGGGUCAGAACCGACCCUGAACAUGGUGGGUGCGUAGUAAAAGCUAACAGGAGGAAGGUUAAUCCAGAUUUACGCUCACCGCCAACAACACUGAGGAACCUUAUAAAGGUUUAUUAUCACCCAUGAAGCCCAGAGAGGAUUACAGGGGUCCUGAUGAGACAGGAAAGGGGGAUGGGUCCAAACACAGGGUUUCUUUUGGUUCCACAACUCUUCUGUAGAUCUGGUCCCCGUCCAGGCCUGGGCUGUUUUCUUAGUCCUUCUGUUCCUGUCCUCAGAGUCCAAUAUCAGCCGCAUGUACAGGCUUCUGCCCACUUGUGACAACUGUCUCCUGCUCCACAUCACGGGCAUCAACACCCAGAACCUGUUCGCCCACACCGACCCCACAUCGUUGGAGCAGCUCACUAUCCACAGCAGCCUUGCCCUGCUAAGUAAGACCAGCUCAGAGAGUCCAAAUCCUCCUCCUGAACCCGGAGACUCUUUUUCAUAUCAAUCUUAUUGUCUGUUUCAGCCAAAGACGGGACCAUCUCAGAUGAAAACCUGGAACACACCAAGAAGCAGGCAGCUUGUAUGGGUUUUACAGGAGAGCCUAGUUUCCACUACAACUCUAAGCACAGUGAGUCCUGGUCCAAACUGAUCCAUGACACCUGUUAUUCAACACUGAGCUGAUCCUCUCUGUCUCUCUUUGUCUCUGCAGCACUCUGUGAGAAAGACCAACAGUAAGACGAGGAGCUGGAGGGAAGACCAAGUCCUCGACAGAAACUAAAACUGUGGAAGUAAAAUUUGAGCCAAAACCUCCUGAUUCGUUUCUUUAUUCAGGUGAAGUUUGAAAAACACUUUUUAUACGGAAACACAGAGGGGUCAAAUAAGGUGAAGACCAUGUUAAAGGGAUAUUUCGGAGUUUUUAAAGUUUCUGUAUGAGUAAAUGUCCUUGACGCUACCCAAUUCGUCCCAGAAACCCGAUUUGUACUGGGCAUGUGCAAAACGUACGUCACUUCCUCUCUUGGCAUUUCAAUGUAUUUUGCGGCAGUGAGUCACUACCUACCUGAUCCAUACUGCGCAAGUGCAAAUUUACUUCACCUUAAAAACUUUUUUUAAACUACCGAUCGAUUCAGAAACAGGCUGAGCUCCUGCCCAGCACAGUGUGACCUUUUGGGCCACAGAGAGCACCACCACCCGGUCAAAAUUAUGGUUCUCAAGGGGGGAUUUUAUAAAUUAAAUUUAUUAACAAGAAGCCUACACAUUAUGGACAAUGAAUUUCAGCAUUUUUAUACAGAGAUUCAAUUUCAACACUGAAAUAUUCUCAUUCAUUCAAGUCUUUUAUAACGACGUUACAAUUUUACAAUUUAGCUGAAGUAGGAAUCUUUAAUCAUAAAACUGGGCGCUUUUCCCUUGACUUUCCAGUGCUCUGCUUCAGUCGGGGGAAGAACUCCAUUCAGGAGAAAAGAAAAGUGUGUGACUGUUAUAAACUGAAGCAUCCUUUCUGACUGAAGCGAGCUCGCUGAUGCUGAAGCUGUCAAUCAAGUGUUGAAGCUGUUGCAAACCGCAAGGGGCAAAGAAUUGCUGAGCUGCUGCAAAGAUGGCUAGUAGAAGAAGUAACAUACAUUUCGCACAUGCGCAGUACAAAUCGGGUUUCCAGGACGGAUCAGGCAGCAACAGUCCUUAACCCCCUCUUUCAUAGGAACCUAAUGGGAAGGCCGGCACACAAACUAGGCUACAGUUUUCUGCAGACAGAGCGACUCCACCAUGACAUUUAGAUGAAUUUAGAGAAAUUUAGAGAGAGAGAAAAAGAGAAGGACAGAGGAGAAAUUAAUGAAGGUCCUCAGCAGCAGGAGGUCUCCAGCUGUGAUCCAGAGGAACCUCCAGGAUGAUGGAGCUCAGAGACUCUCAGUAAAAACUGUAUCAGUGACUCUGAUGAGGAGUCAGAGUUACAGUUUUUUCUCAGUCCGAACAAAACGCUCAGCAGCUUAAACCCUUUUAUUAAAACAGUCCCUCUAAACCAGGUUACACUCGCCUCACAAACACAGUUUCACUCACAUAAGCACACACUGUUCUCUGUGACACACGUGUGUAAUGAUAACACAGGUGUUACAGCUUAAAACACAAAGACUCAAAAUUAAUCACACUUGUUUCUAAUGAUGAGAGGAAACCAGUUUAAACCAGUUCAGAGGGUUUUUCCUCGUUACCUGGUCCAGGAGAAUCUGGUCUGUGAAGUCCUGAGGUCUGAUCCAGAACGUAGACAUGAUGCUGAAUGAUUGUAGAUACUGUAAGGACUUUAGUUUGAUAUCAUGGUUUACACAGUAAUGUGCUUCUGGUUUAUAUUAGUGUUUACUUUAUUUUCUCUGAAUUCACAGAGAAUUUUAUUUAGAUUUAUUUAGCUGUUCUAAACAGUGUGGUUUUUAUUUUUUAUGUAGCAUGUAACGACGGCUCAGUCGUGUUUUUAAUUUGGAUGGACCGGGUUCGAUCUGACAUCUUGGUUUGGUUUUGCCGAGAGUAAAAGGUUUUCUAAGUGAAGUAAAAAAAAAAAGUUUUAUUUUACCCAUAAAUCUCUAUAUGAGCGAUAAACUACAAUUAUUUAGAUAUAACAACUAAAACAUCACCAACUCAUCCUUUAAACAAGUAUUUGCAGCUGUUGUUGACGUUCCAGCUCCUCACCACUAGGUGUUGCCAAAUAUCCUCAGUCUUUACUCCGAACUGUUUAAAACAUACCAACCUCAAAAUGGCGGACGGGGGGGACGUUGGAUCACAUAUACCAGGAAACUAGGCGACUAGCAACGGUUUGUCAGCACCAGCAGUCCGCCCUGUUUGUUUACUCUAAAGUCACGAGCGAUUUCAUGUGAAGAGAGUCGGUUUUUUGGAGAGGCUCAAUAGACAUGUGUUGCUAUGGUUACAUAAAAUACAUAGGCUACAAACAAAUCUGUAAAAUGAGUGUCUACGAAAGAAUCUACAAACAUGAACUUAAAAAAGGUUCACUGUUCCCGAUUGACUUUUGUUUGAGUUUACUCCAGAGCAAGUAUAGUGCGUGCGCGUGUGGUAGAUAUGACAGUAGAGGGUGAAGUGUAUCGGCUGUCUCAACGACAUAGGUACAGGGCGAUUGUAAGGGAUGGUUUCCAUGGGAACAGCUGACUUUAAAGGAGAAUAAUAAUAAACAGCUGCUUUUAUAGGACAAUAUUAAUGAAAAGCAGAGUGGAGGACGUUGACCUAAGCAGCUCCCACCCUGUGUUUAUCAGCAGAUUAAAGUCUAUCCCUCUGAGUGGGUGGACGGUGGUUGUGUUUGUAUUUCGUUUAAUAACCCUGCUCUACACAGGAACCCAGCAGACAUCGUUGAAAACAUCCAGAUUGACCUCCGAUUGUAGGACUUUGGACCGAAUCACGUUAGUGCUGGAAACUUCUAGAAAUACUCCAUCUCCUAAGCUGAACCCUGAGGGGGAGGUGUUGAAUGUGAUCAAAAACUCUUCUCUUAUUCUGGUUCUGGUUCUGGUCCAUCGGACAGUUUUUACUUGUUGUUAUUUGUGGACUUACAGCUGAAUUAUCAUCAGAACCAGAAUACUUUAGGGUGAACACAUUUUGAUUACCGAAAAACCAGGACAGUGUCCGGCGAUGAGAUACUCAAAUGAUACUCAAAGAUUACUCAAAAAUGCUGUAAAAUUGAAAUAAAUUUAAAGUCUGCCUCCUCUGCAUGGACAGAAAACUGCAAUAUUACCAUAUACUGUUUAUAACCAAAGACACAGAUUCAGAUCAGCUUCUCAGAGUUUACUCAACAUGUUUUAUUAAGAUGAGCUUCUAAAAUAAUCAAUAAAAUAAGAAUAAAAAUAAUCAACAUGUUUUAUUAGGAAAAGCUUUUAAAACUAACCAAUUCAAUUAUUAUAGAAAUAAUGUCUCCUCCAUAUUAGAAAAUAAAUGAAUAAAUGAAGAAUAACUCAAAAUUAACUGUGCUAUUUUAGGAAUCCAACUUUAAGUAAAACAGCUCUCUAAGUUCUUUACAGAGCAGCUGUUCAGUUUUCUUUUUCAUCCCAGUGGCCAAAUUAAAAACAAAGAAAAUUAGUGAAACCAAAGAAAACCAAUAAAAACCAAAGAAAACCAGUGAAACCAAAGAAAUUAAGUGAAACCAAAGAAAACCAGUAAAAACCAGUGAUCAAGUAAAACCAAAGAAAACCAGUGAAACCAAAAACCACUAAAAACCAGUGAUCCAGUAAAACCAAAGAAAACUAGUGAAACCAAAGAAAACCAGUAAAAAACAACAAAAAACAGUCAAAAACAGUUCAACCAGUGAAAACCAAUAACCACCAGUGAAAACCAGUGAAACCAAUGAAAACCAGUGAAAACCAGUGAAACCAAUGAAAACCAGUGAAAACCAGUAAAACCAACGAAAAACAGUGAAACCAGUCAAAUCAAUAAAAACCAAUUGAAAUCAGUGAAUACCAGUGAAAACCAGUCAAACUAGUAAAAACCAGUGGAAACUAAUAAAAAACAAUGAAAACCAAUGAAAAAUCAAUUUAAAGGACAGGACAGGAUAGAAGACCAGGACCUUCAGUCCCCCUAAAUCACUUCAUUCAUUCCGGGAAGGAAACUCGGUAUAGCAGAAAGCGGACCCCUUAGAGGACCCCCCAGUCUAACUCCAGAGAUCAGACUCUGUGAUUGAUUAAUUAAUUAAUAGGAAGGAGGCCAGGAGUCCAGCACAGUUCAAUAACACGGUGAGCACACACACUCUUUGGACCGGCAGGGGCUUGUGUGGGCUCAAAGCGGCUAUAAACUGGACCGCCUCAGUCCUCUCACUCUGCUGUCCUCAGAAGCCCAGGUCCAGGCGUGUUCGACUCUCUCAGAGCAGGAUGAUGACUUUUGUGAAGGGAUUGAUGCUGCUGCUGAUGGUAGCAGCUGCUAACGCAGCCCCUGGUAACUGCGAUGGUCUGAACCAUACCAAUACCAUUUCAGCCAAAGACCUGAAGAAGGUGAGUCUGAUCCUGGACAGCCUGGAGCUCAAACACCAGUCUCUGCAAACCUCCACCUCUUAAAUUCAUCCAUAUUUCAGAGGUUCUGGUUUAUUUGUAGCUCUUAAUGAAAUCUCCACCGGCUUCCGACCACGAAUAGAGUUUCAUGCUCAGAGAUAUAACGUAUGAUUAUCGGAAACUUUUGUUUUGAUUCAUACUGUCAUCUGUUAUUUUCACUACGGGCAGAUGCCUUCAAAACUUCUAAAGUCAUCUAAACCUGAUUUAACCCACCCCACCCCUUAACAUUUAUAGGGGAGAGUGAGGUAAGUUGAGCCAAAGGGACCAAAUAUUUAGGAGAUGGGCAUCAAUUCAUGGAGUCUGUGAAGGUUGGAAGCACACGGGUGAAGGGGUUAGUUUUAUACAUCAAUAGUGGUAUCUAUGAGCUACAACAACAUAAAAGUCCAUCACUUUAGCUUAGAGGACUAAUAAAGUCAUUGUUGUUCUGGGGUGACUGAGAAAGUAGGGGAGUCUGAUGAGAGAAUCUGAGUUUCAGUUUAGAUUGUUGAAAUGUUUGACUUUUUCUUUUCAAAAAUACAGCCGUGAUUGUUCUGAAGCACUUAACCCUAGUGUACCCUUCUAAUUUUACACCCUUUCGUCCUCUUCUGGCUGUUUUUGUCCACUAACUUUAGCUGCUGUAAAAACAUAUCAGAGAGAUUUUUUUUUUCUUUUACUUUUUUUUCUCAGAUCUCUUCAUCAAGCUCAGUCCUGAUACAAAAUACUAAAUUUUUGAACUUAGCCCAUACACGGGGUAAGUUAACAAUAGGAGACCACUUUUUUUUUUGCAUGCUAUAUUAUCAAGAUUAGGGUUCUGUUUACACUUUUGUUGGUUUGCAGGGAUGAACAACACCCUGAAAAAUACACUAGUUAGAGACAACACUAGGAUUGACUUGAUGUAGUGAUCCCAUCAUGCUUUGCUAAUAUAGACCAGGGUCCUCUUAAAUCAUGUGACUGGCCUAAAAUCUUCUCCAGAUGUUGACACGAACCUUUGAGUGAAAAUCCACUGUGUCCUCAGAGGUGUGUGCUUGACCCCGACCUGUCCUCCUCCUCCCACAGAUCCUUGGGGAUUGGGUUCUGGUCUGGUCAGCCUCCAACCAUCAGGAAGGCUGGGACCUGCUGCGAAACAUUUCCAGCUCCCACGUGGAGCUCAGCAUGCACACGAAUGAGACAGUCGAAUUAGUGGAGAGGAACAUGCACAAGUGAGUUUCAUUGUGGCGCCGAUAUGAACCACCGGGAGUGUGGUUUCUGGAGGUGGAUUCAGAACGUGUGUUUAGACUCUCGGGGUCCUUUAAAGUCAAUGUUUCAUGAGAGAAAACCAAAGAAUAGAUCUGAUGUGUGGCAGUGUUCACUGCUGCUGCUGUUGCCUCACUUGAUCUGGUUGUUUUAAGGGGAGGUGUCUGCGAUAAGUACAGUGUCAACAUGUCGAUGCCCUCAGACCUCGACGACUUCAAGCUCACUUUUUCCUCUACAGGUGAGUCAAAGAAACACACAAGAACUGUCUCUAACAAGGUCAUGCUACAUCAGUAGCUGUUCGUGGUGUUUUGAUUAAUUGUAUUUUCGAUUUUAUGUUUUUUUAGUCAUGUUUUUCCUGACUUUGAUGAUUGUGCUUAAGUGUUUUUUAUGCUCCCUUUGUUGCACAACCAAUUGCCCCAUUAGGGGACAAAUAAAGUUAUUGAUUGAUUGAUUGAUUGAUUGAUUGAUUGAUUGAUUGAUUGAUUGAUUGAUUGAUUGAUUGAUUGAUUGAUUGAUUGAUUGAUUGAUUGAUUGAUUGAUGCUGAGUAAACAGGUCUGUCAGCCGGAUCAGCUGUUCUUAUGACAUGAUCACUUUGAAUGACAGCUCAUCACUGCAGCUAUGUGGGCAGUGCCUGAGUAGCUCUCAGUUUCCUCAUUGGCUCUUCUCCACAGUAUUCUCCAGCAAAUAUAUAUAUAUAUAUAUAUAUAAACGCUAGAUGGCUUACACAUGCAGUUAGCCUAUGGAGACCAAUGUCCAAGCAUGGCGGCCAUCUUGCUACAGGCAGCUCGCCCACUCCUAACAUUCCAGUCUACGGUUCAUGUAGCAUUUAAAUAACCAUAGAUUGAUUGAUUUUAAACCAAUUUUCAAACAGUUUGGUUUGUAACAAACCUCACAGUUUUAGUUAUGUUCCUGCAUACUCAAGAAUAAUUUUAACCAUGGAUUUUCAUCAAUAAACAUUAAUCAGAUAGGUAGAGCAAUAGCUAUAGGCCUACACACAAGGCAGUUAUAUUAAAUCAUUUAUAUAUAAAACGUUUAAUCAUUUCAUGAAUGUUAUAUUAGUAAAAUUUCUAUUAUAGGGAUAACUAUAACAACAUAUAACACAACAUAUAUGUAUUUAUUUUCAAUAUAAAUGUCUGCCUCAUGUUGCCAUUUUAGAUGUUUUUAACAAACCCAACAGUUUGGAAAUCAUGUGCAACUUCAGUUAUGUUGAAUUGAAGAGCAUUUCUGCCACUGUAACUGAUGUAAAAUUACUGGGUCAACUUUGUGAUAUGUACUUGGUCUCACUCACAGCCAAGUUAGACAGCUGAUAAACACAAGCACAUCUGCAAAGACUGGCACUUAGACAAAAAAUAUAGGCUGUCAUAAUUAAAAUCUCGAUUGUGGUCUCAGCCUUGACAAAGCGACUCAAAGUUAACCCUUGCGCGCAAAUAGCUGUGAAACAACUGUACUUCAUGAUUAAGUCUUUUUUUUUUCUCAAAGAAAAUCUGCCAUUUCAAUAUGUCCGAGCUUCCCGACUCAAAGCCACGUUAUUAAGGUCUGUAAUAAACAAAACCAUUUGUAAAUCUGUCAAGAUUCCAGCGAGUUAAGAGUAUUCUUGAUCAUGGAGAUUACUCACCUCCUGUCAGCUAACAUCGAGCGUACCAGAAUGGUAUACUGGAGUAAGAUGGCCACUGUGUAGAGACACCAGUGACUCCGCCUUGAGUCUUAUAGCCUUUCUAAUAGAUUUACAUGUUCUCCAAUACUUGGUUUUUGUGGCCCUGUAAACAAGGUCUGGAUCGAUGCAGACUAAUUCUUGUUCUAUCUGGGCAGACUCUGUGAUCCUCUGAUUUAUAGAUUUGAUAUUUCUUUCUUUACACUCAAGUCAAACUUUUCUCAUCACCAACAGAUUGUUGUAUCUGUGAUCUGUUUAAAGGCUACCCUCAGUGACAGUUUUCAGGUCCAUCUUUCCUCUGUUAUUAAACUCUGGUUAGGUUGUUCAGAUCUGCUGGUGGUCCACAGAGUCCACAUGAACAGCUUCUGCUCUCCUAGUGCCACUCCUCCUCCUUCUCUUCCCACUUUGUUGCUCUUUUGUGGUGGCUGUUGUUUAUCCUUAUGUUUCCAUGGUAACGUGGUGUUUGUUUGUGUGUCAGAGUAUAUUAAGGAUGGAGCUGUUACCAUAGAGGACGAACACGGCAUUGUUUACUUCCUGGAGACCUCCUGCGAUGACUGUAUGGCCAUGAUCUACAGCAUGAACGAAACCAAAUACCUGCUCUUCUACAGUAAACCAACACACACACACACACACACACACACACACACACACACACACACACAUACACACACAGACAUGAUGAAAUAAAUGACAGUGAAGUGAUGAACCCAUGUUUGUUUGUGGUGCAGAGAGGGAGGGCCAUCACCAGGACUUGGCCAAGUUGAAGGAGGACCACGUCAUGUACAUGGAGAUAGCUGACUGCAAGCAUAUCCCCCAUGACAUCAUUUUCACCUACGAUGGCGUAGCAGGUAAUAAUAAUAAUAAUGAUUAUUUUUAUAGCACUUUUAAAAACAGAAGACAAACAUGUGAAGCAGAACAUCCGAACAUGGAAAUAAAAACAAAAAAAACAAAGCCCAGUUAAAAACAAGGCCUCUGAAUUGCAGGCAAUUUUCAUUUGUUAUAAGAAACCCAGACAAUACAAGCACCCUACAACAUAAAAUAAAAUGGAAAAACAAUAAAAUUAAUAAAAGGCAAAAAAAGGUUUAAUAAGAAAAGAUUGUAAGUAAAACAAAGGCUAAAAAGACAGGAAGUCAAAAAAAGAAAAGAGGUAAAAGAGAUAAAAGAUGGCAUCGCAUAAAUAAAGUCUGUAAAAGUGAGUAUUUAAAUUUGACUUAAAGCAAGCAACUGUCUCUGCACGCAGUAUCUCCUCUGGCAGGUAAGGGUGCUGAGGGUCUUGGUUCUGAGGGUCAGGGUACUGAGGGUAUUAGUUCUGAGAGUCAGGGUACUGAGGGUCUUGGUUCUGAGAGUCAGUGUGCUGAGGAUCUUGGUUGGGAGGGUCAGGGUACUGAGGGUCUUGGAUCUGAGGGUCUUGAUCCUGAGGGUCAGGGUGGUGAGGGUCUUUGUUCUGAAGGUCAGGGUACUGGGGUUUUGGUUCUGAGGGUCAAGUUACUGGGGUCUUGGUUCUUGGAGUCAGGGUACUGAGGGUCUUGGUUCUGAGGGUCUUGGUUCUGAGGUUCUUAAUUCUGAGGGUCAGGGUGGUGAGGGUCUUUGUUCUGAAGGUCAGGGUACUGGGGUUUUGGUUCUGAGGGUCAAGUUACUGGGGUCUUGGUUCUUGGAGUCAGGGUACUGAGGGUCUUGGUUCUGAGGGUCUUGGUUCUGAGGUUCUUAAUUCUGAGGGUCAGGGUGCUGAGGGUCUUGGUUCUGAGGGUCAGGCUGCUGAGGGACUACUUGGUUUUAAGGGUCAGGCUGCUGGGGGACUUGGUUCUGAAGGUCUUGGUUCUAAGGGUCAGGGUUCUGAGGUUCAGGGUGCUGAGGGUCAAGUUGCUGAGGGUCAGUUUUCCAUCAAGGCCAACGUUUUACAAUCCUAAGACCUUUGACCUUCUCUCCGCUCUUGUUCCCUCUCAGAUUUUUGUCAUAAGAAGUCCGCCCCCGAACAUCACGUUGAGGAUGUGGUCGUAGUUCCUGAGCCUGACGUCCCCACAGUUCCUCCUCCUCCUCCUCCUACUCCUGAAUCAUCCUGA